AGGUUGCUUCGCGCGACUGGCAUGGCGGCUCCCUAAGGCCGCUUAGUGCACAUGGGUUAGACUCGCCACGCGUCAAAAAAAAAAAAAAAAAAAGGGAAAGGAAGCGGCUUCUCCUCCGUCUCGUCUGUAGAGCAGGAGCGCGUUGAGAAAAUGCGGGCGUUGGAGCGUGUGUUGCUGAGGGGCUUCCCCAGCGCAGCGGAGUCGCCGCGGUGGAAGCAGAACGAGGCGGCUUCGGCUGAAGGUAAGGCUUCAUCCUCUCGCUCAUCCUCUCGCCCUGGCAGCCGGGUGGGAGCCCUGUCAAAGCGGCGCUUCACUGCCGGCAGGGCUCCCUUUCCUUCAUCCUGCCUCCCCUUGCCCUCCUUGAGUGGGAAGUGGGAACAGCGGGCGGCGUGUCCGCGUGUGUCUCCCAAAGGGAGUAGUCGCUGGAGUUAUUUCUUUGCGGGGCUGCUGCAACCCUGGCAGUCGUUGGAGGUGCGAAGGGUAUAGUGCUGGGUGAGAGCGGGCUGAACCCAGGACAUCAAGCUUAACCCAUCUAAGAGGCAGUUGUCAGUGCUGCCUGCUUGUGUUCCGGGAUGGAUAGGAGACAAGGAGUCGUGGGGGCGUGGAGAGGCAGUGAGUCUGACACCCAACAAUCAGUAGAUAGCAUUGUCACUUUUUCUCCUCUCCCCCGAAAAAUAAAAUGGAGGUUUCACGUAUUUGAGCUUCCGUAGUGGGUACGAAUGUCACUCGUUAUGAUAUAGACUGCCCCUGGGAUGCUGGGGCACUGCGUUGCUUUGCAAAUGAUUGAUCUGCCAAGUUUUUGCUAACCUUUAUUAUAACUUCAUUAUAAUGCCAUGCUAUUUCAUGCUUACUGUCUGACCGUUACAGAUAGGCUCCGUGAAGUCGCAAAAGCCUUUAGUGAUCCUCCUCUCCGCACUGAUGUUGCCACAGAGACUAUUUCCAGUUCAGUAUUUUCCUGAUCACGGAAUGCAAUAGCCACAUACACUAUUAACAGUGCAAUAUUUUGUAAACCUCCUCAUGAGAUGCGCUUGCAUGACAAGUUGCAUUUAACUGGAGUUUUGAGCAGUGCUGUUUUUCUAGAAAAAGAGGGGCCAGAACCCACCAUGAGCACCUCUCUCAUUCUCUUUAGAAUGGCAAUGGCUGUAGCUUGAGAGGUGCCAGAAAGUUAUUCCUUAACUUUGGUUAUUAGAGGUCUGUAAAGGUGACAGUAGAUAUCAGGUUGGAUUUCUAACAUAGAGGCCCAGUUUGGGUUAUCAUUCAAGGUUUCAGAAACCUUGGUUUAUGAGCCUGUGAAUGGGCAUUUGGCCCAAGCACUCUUUCCCUGCCUCUUCCCUUCUCCCAUUUCACACUGGCUUCUGUGUGAAAUCCAGUUCUGUAGCUACUGUCCUAAACUACAGUUCCCUGCUGCAUCCAAGCUGGGGAACUCUGCAUAGGAGCCAACUCCUAAGGGCCAAGGUCCCUUUGCUCCUCCCAAAAUAAAAUAUUUGAGGGGGCCAGGGCCCCCCAAAGUUGAUGAGCAUUGCCAUUCAAAUGGUGUGAGUGCACAGUGUAUUGUGAUCAAUUAUGUGAGUAGGGCUUACCUACCCACUUCCAAAUAUUGUAUUCAGGUUGGCAUCAUUGGGCCCAAGUACGCGAAGUAGUGCCUUCGAGCACAGUGCGCCCCCCCUUUGGGCUAUGGCACUCCUUCUUAACUAAGAUUCAUUUGUCACCCAUAUAUUUAGAUGCCAACAUAAAACAUAUUUAUUUUUCCAGGAUUUUGGUAGCUAGCUGCAUGUUUUAACAGAGAGGGUUUUUUUGUCCACUACUUUGUGUCUUAAAGGUUGUUCCUGAUUAGUCAAUGUUUUAAAUGACUGUUCUGUGAUGCUGUGUGUGUGUGUGUUGUUAGCCACCCCGGGUCUUCAGGGAAGGACAGCAUAUAGUAACGAUAGUUAGAUACAAUACACAUUGCUGUCUGAAAGAGGGCCUUGUAGGACCAUCAAGUCCAGAAUCUAAAAUUACCUAGCUGCACCACUGCUUGCAAAGAAUGUGUGAGGGUUAAGAGCAAAUGAUUAGAAGCCUAAUGUCUGGACAGCUGGUUCUUGUUUACAAAUUUCAAUCUCUUUAAAAUCUUUGUUGUAAGCACACCAUAAGAGUCCAGUAUGAAUGCUGUUUUAAUUUAGUAAAUGCCAAUGGGUAUUUUUCUAAAGCAUCCCAACUUCUUUUCCUCUGAUAUGAGAUGUCUUAGAAUGCAACACUAUAAUUGUAUAGGAUUAAGUCUCUUUGAAGUAAGUUACGCUUGCCUCGAGUAUACAUUAAACAAGAUAGGAUUCCUAAGACUUUCGUUGUGUUUUAUUUUAGAAAGUGGGUCCUUGUUGCAGUUGUUGUUGGAAGGGAAUUAUGAGGCCGUUUUACUAAGUAAAGCAGUUCAGGAUAUUUUCACAACACCUGAAGUAACAGAAGAGGAUACCAUUGCCAGCUAUUUAGAAAAGCAGAUUCAAAAUUAUCUGGACUGUUCUUCUGCAGAUACGGAUCCUAUGGAAAGGUAAAAAUAAUUAUUUGAAGAAGAAAUUUAUUUUUCAUACUUAACGGUAUAAAAAUUAAUAACAAUCUCAAAAUAAAACAGCUAUUCUGAACACAUCCUAGUGUACUAUCUCAGAAAUUAUGGGUUGUUAAAUCUUUUGAAUAUUUAGUAUUCAGAUUUUUCAGUUUCUCAGGCAUAGCAGUGGGGCAGAACUGACCCCAAAACCUGUAAGAACAAAAAACAUUGUUCCCCCCCCCCCCACUAAAUUAAUGGGGAGGGGUUAACACAUCACAAGGCAAUGUCCUGUUAUUGUUGAGGCCUGCCUUGAACAUGGAAUUAUGGAGUUAAUUAUAAAACAAAAGUUUUAUUCUUUUCAGAGCUGUCAUGGUUUAACCUCUCAUGUUUCACCUUACCUGUUGACGGAGGGUUAAAAAGAAAAAGCAACAUGAAUUAUGAAAAUAAUUUGUAGGAUCAAUGCAAAUCUGCAAAUCCUGCAGCAUGUUUUCAGUAACCCUAGUAACUGUAGACAUCUGUUGUAAGAAAACUGCAAGGAUUUACUAUGACUAUGAGACUUACAUAUGAGGCACUUUGCACCAUUUUCCUAUGUGUGCCUCUUGAGCCUUUUGUGUUUGUAUCGUGGUUUUUUAGCCAUAUAUUGGGGCUGAUUUGUUCUGAUUUCCUAGUUCUUGUUGGGCAACCACCUGGGAGAACACAUUGAAAUAUUCUGAAUCAAAACUGAACAGCUCUAUUUGUCCUCCGUGACAACAGUCUAACAAAGAAGUAUGUGUGCACAUAGUUGGGCUUAUUAAAAAGUUCUACUGCAAUCAGUUGUAUUCAUGAAAAACCAAGCUGCUUCUUAAUUCAAAUCUUAAGUAUGCUUUCAUCGUCGUUGCUGCUGUUUGCAUUGCAAUCGCUAAGAACUUUAAAGAACUUUAAUUUUGAGAUUUCAAAGUGGGUUGUUUUUUUAAGGCUUUCCUGGUAUUUAAGGGAGACAUAAACAAAGGCCGAGAACAGAAGCAGAAAAACAGAAAUGAAGAGCUGUAAAGAUAAAUAAGAGACAGAUGGAAGCAUAAUGAGUGAGAUCCAAUGUAUUCUGAGUGGACAUCCACUUGCACAACUGCUUCCUCUUCUCCCCACUCGCAGCUCCCCAAGCACUUCCAGAAUCUGCACAGGAGGGUUGGGGACCCCACAGAGCAGAUUUUAAAGCUGUGCAUGCGGGAGAAGAGAAACUACAAGUUCUAUUGCACAAGCAGAUUUCCAUUGUGGGCUGCCAAAGCUGGGUCUCACCCAGGAGGAGUCAUGUGCAAUAGCCCCAUCUGAGGAAUAAAUAUGCGCCUGGUUAUUGGGAUCAAACUCAUUAUUUUUACAUCUUGGUCUUGAUUGUUAUAAUUGGCAACUGUUGUGAUGCACAGAUUGCUUUUCCAUGGCAUAUCUAAACUGACAACCUGUGCAGAUGGGGCAGGACUGUGCUUCUCAUUGAUGGCAUUCCUAUUUUAAGAGGUUAGGUGCAUAAUAGGAUUUGUUUGGUGCAUUGGGUGAAUGAACAUAGCUGACUCUGUGCUGCCCUACAUGUUUUAGAAUGUGUACAGGCAAGUUCUGCCUUUUAUGUUCCAUUGCCUUAUGCCAUGCAACAACCUCUGAUAAAUCCAGAGAUAAUUUUAUUUUCUCAAUUUGAGGGAGAUUUCCUGCCCUCCUUCUGGUUUGGGAGAAGGACAGAGGAUUCCUCCAUUACUUAUGCUAAGUUUGGAAACCGUUUUUAUCUGUCAGCAAAAAAAAUUAAUUGAUAAGUCAGUUCAGUACUUGAAGCACAUCAGGAAAAUAAAAUCUUACAGCCUUCCUUGAACAAUUGAGUUGAAUGUUCUUCAGAUGGAUAUUUUUUCAUGCAGAUUUGUAACUGUUCCAUUUUUUUGUGCAUCUUCCAUCUUUUAAGCUAAAGGCUUGUAUAGAAGGAACAGGACAAUUUCUACCUACUAUUUGUCUAUAUAUGUAUGACCGUAUCAAUAAAAAUGGAAUUGUUUAUUGUCUUGCAGGCAAAGUGUGGUGUUUCUACUUGGUGUGGGGAGCCUGCAGUUGUUUGUACAGAGCAACUGGACUGGGCCUCCUGUUGAAUUGCAACCUCAGGACUUUUUGCAAACUGUAUUACUAGAACAAUACAACGAGGUACUGUUCUCUUCUCUCUCCACCACCCCACUCCCCAGGACAAUAGUACAGUCACUGUCUUUUAGUGGAAAAAUAUUGAUAUGCACAUCAUGCUGAUCUUAUCUUGCUAGGUGUAAAAAUAAAAAUAGGGAGAAUUGCUGCAGGUGAUCUUUUAUUUUCCUUUUCUGCUCCUCAGAAAUGGUUCGGCAUCGUCACAGAAAUUAAAGAUGUAUAGAGAUUGUGCUCAGCUUAGGUGUACAUUAGAGAGAAACCUUAAACCUGCAGUGGAAGAAUCCAUUUUACUUUGAUUUUAAUGGGCAAUUUGCAUACAACAUGCCAUGUAUAAGUUCAGGAAUUAUUGACAAUGAGAGGUGAGAGGAAGGAUUCAUGGUUUCAAAGCACCGUUUGCAAUGUGAACCUUCACCUGUGCUUGAAUUUCUGUAUUGUAUAAAAACAUUUUGAGGUGAAUGGGCUAAGGUAAAUUGGUGUGUGCGGCACGCAAAUUUUGCUACCUCUUGAAGAUUAAUUUGAAGUUGCCUAAAGUGAGUUUCUUGUUUUCUCCUUCCAGCCCAGUGCAUUGUCUACAGCUGUGCUGAGUCUGCUGGUUCUAGAUGGUGAAUCGAUCUAUAGCCUGACUUCCCAUAGUGUCUUGCUGAUGCUAGCUAGAGCAGUGCUUGUGAAUUCAAAGCAUAAGCUAGAAGCUAUACAGGUAAGGGGGGGGGGGAACACGAGGAAAUACUUAUGCUUGUUUCCAGCUAUCAGUGGGCUUAUAUUAUUCAUAUUGUUCCUUGUACCAUAUGCGUUUCUUGAGUAACUGGGGGGAAACAGGACUAAGACUUGGAGGUUCAGAGCCACAGCGUAGUGAAAGGGUAUGGCAUGCAGAGUCAAAUUACUGUAUUUUUCGCUCUAUAAGAUGCACCAGACCACAAGACGCACCUAGUUUUUGGAGGAGGAUAACAAGAAAAAAAAUAUUCUGAAUCUCAGAAGCCAGAACAGCAAGAGGGAUCGCUGCACAGUGAAAGCAGCAAUCCCUCUUGCUGUUCUGGCUUCUGGGAUAGCUGCACAGCCUGCAUUCGCUCCAUAAGACGCACACACAUUUCCCCUUACUUUUUAGGAGGGAAAAAGUGAGUCUUAUAGAGCAGAAAAUACGGUAGUAAGAAGGUACUGAGUUGUAGCCUGGGAGCAAGUUGGGAGAAAGCAGAAAGGCAAGCAAAUCCUCAGUUGUAGUAGCUUCUGUGGUAGCUGCAGGAACAAGGCUUCCUUGCUUGUUGUUCCUGAGGCAGCCACUCAUAUUUACUGUCUGGCUCUCUGACCCCACUUGGUGUGCUUUCUCAGAGUGACUCAAAACCUCAUUAGUUUGCACCUGGCUUCUUCCCCCAAGUUCGGCUACACAGUGGUUGAUGAUGAUUUACAUGAUGCUGUUCCUGGUGUCCAGUCACAGGCUCUGAACCCUUCAUUUAUUCAUGUUAUGUACUGAAGUUCUUACCCUGGGCCACCAGGGGGAUACUGUAGAUAGUUAUGCAAAUGAAGGAUCGAAAGUGACGUUCAGUGAUUGAAUAGUUUUAGAAAGUUGCUACAGUAACGUUGUACUGGAGCUCUAUAUAAGCAGACUGACUGAGCCCUUCAGCUCAGUUCUGUUCUGGCCUCUGAAUAAACAAGAGCUGUUUGAAGAAUCACUGUGUCGUCUGAUAUGUUCACCCACAACCUAACAAUUCAUUUAAAAGUUUUUCUAAACUGCUUAAUGUUUUUUUUUAAAUUCUGUAAUUUUUAAUACAGUACUACUUUUUAAAUAUAUACUAAAAAAUGUAUAAUUUUGUACAACUUGUAAAAAGAAAAUCAGUUAACAAAAAUGCAGCCUAAAACUAAUAAAGCAGUAUAAUGUCCCAGGGAGCUUUGGCAUUUAGAGUAGGCCGUAGGUGUUUUGAGUAGGCCAUUCUGCAGUACUUUUACCUUGUGAACCAUCAACCUGGAGAUGGUUGGAUCUGUGCUCCUUAGUGCCUGAAGGAGGCUCUGUCUUAUAUUCCUGUGCUGGGCUAGUUCUGUGGGCUGUGACAGAGUACUGUGAAGCACUUGUGAGUUGUGGCAAAGUACUGUGAAGGAUCCCUGAUGCACAAUAUUAAAACCUAUUUUUCCCCCUUCACUGGUAACACAUUGCUGUUCCACUCAUUGUGCAUUUAUGAACAUUCAUUUCUUGCCUUGGGCCUCUAAACAGUCACACCAAAUAGUAUAAAGGAAAUAAAUGCCUCCAUGGAAUAGGUGAAAUGUUUUAAAUGCAAUUCUAUUACUGUAUUUCUUUCAACCAAGUCAUAACAAAACUCUUUCCAGUCUGUGCUCAGAAAAUACAGUAGCAAACCAAUAUCACCCUUAUGGUAAUUGCAAUACAUUAUGUCUUCAGACAAAAUCAGCCAUUCAAAUUUGAAUAUUCUUUGCCUUUUCAGUGUAUUGUUUGAUUCUGUUUAUUUUAAUGAUAAUUUUUACAGUACUCUAUGCAUUUUUUCUGUGUUGUACUUUAAUGAUAUAUAUUCCUGCUCUAAGACCAUUUGGUGAAGUGCAGAUUAUAAAUUAUAAGUGACAAAUUUCUUCUGAUUGGACAGCAUGGAGCAUAUCUUUUCAGUCUGUAAAUCCCAGCAGAGUGCAAUAGAGUCCUGACUGAAAAUAAUCUCUAGGGGGGUUUACAUGGUAGGAAGUAUAAGAUGGAGUUCAUUAUGUCCUCAACUGCAGUUUGGCAGCAUAUGCACAGUCAUUGUUUGUUCUUACAAUGGUAUAUCUGUUGUUUCAAUUUCUUAUGCACAACUUUAAAAAUAAAUAAAUCACAGUCUCAAGUGGAUCUUAAUAUUGUAUUUUAUAUUAAGUGACAAAGGGCACUUUCUGAAAGCAUGAUCUCAUGAACGCUUCCCACAGAGAAGGAAGUGGAAGCCCCUGGAAAUAUUUUUGCUACUUAUUAGCAGUCAGGACUCCGACACAGAGGAUCAUGAAGACCAGCAGGGCAAACAGCAAAGGUGCUGAACCCAGGCCCUAGCACUAACAUGGGCAGAGCCAGAUACAUACCCACACCCCACGAGAUGGCAUCAGCUGAGUCAUAUUCCACUGAGGAACUGAUCCCUGUUACACCAGGGGGCUUGCAUUUUCUGCCUGAUCACCGACACAGGCAUCACAGAAGGCAGGAGCUGAACUAGACAUAUUCAAGGAGAUGACUAUCAAUGGCUGCUAGCCAAAAUGGCUGCCUACAUGGUUGGAGGCAGUAAUGCUUGCGAAUGCAAGUUGCUGGAGACCACAGGAGUGGAGAGUGCUGUUGUACUCGGGUCCUCCUUGCGAAUUUCCCACAGGCAUCUGGUUAGCUACUAUGAGAGCAGGAUGCUGGACUAGGUGGACCAGGAAGGCUCUUAUUACAUUCUUAAGUUCAGGAUUCCCACCCCCCUUUUCCUAAUAGCCACUUUCUUUUACUUGUCUUGCCCACCAAAGCCAGAGUAAAUCUGCGGCCUUAAUACAGACAUGAUGCUGAAACAUGGUAUAGUGUUAUGAGGAAGAGCAGGAAUGAGUUUGUACACUCCUCCGCAGAUGAGAAGUGGAAGUUUAAACCUUCCAUUUGUGGUUUCCUAUUUUUCAAACUGUGGUUUGAAUAAUUCAGUCCAAGUGAAUUGAACCACCAAACCUUGUUGUACAUUGUGUGGUUUGAACAAACCAGAAUGGCCAAAUGGUCAGGGAUGAUGGGAGUUCUAGACCAAUGACUCCUGGCACUACAUUGCUUUCAGGCCUGUCCAUAAUAAACUGGUUUUGUGACCUUGUUGUUCUGGGUGUUGGGAGUUGUUUAAAUAUCAGUCACAGUCUUAAAAAAAUUCCAUAUCAGACAGCAAUAUGUAGUGGUUUGUUUUUAUUGUGUUCACAUAGUGAUGCGUGAUAAAUGAAAAGCCGAAAUAUUAGUGAACAUCCAAAAGAGGCCAAAAGGUACUUUUAAAAAACAAGUUGUUUUUUUAUCAGGGUUGUGUGUACAAUUUUCCACAAGGCAUGUUUUUUGUAUUGCAAGCUUUGGCUAACAAAACACCGCUUUUUGAAUCCCUGUGGAAAACUGUCUGUAGCAUUAACUGCAGGGCGGCAAACAGCAUUUACAGUCUAACAUAAACUGCCUUGUAGGUUCCUGAACAAAGUGUCAAAAUGUAAGAGCUGACCUCUCUAACAGUGUCUCCUGAAUAAGUACCUUAUUUUAUUCAGCUUGAUAGCAUAAGUCAUAUUUCAUUGUGUCCUGUGUGAGACAAUACAAUAUCCAUCCUGACAGGUGUUUCUAGAACAGUUUUAAUAAACAGCAUGUGAUUGUUCCUUGAGAUAUUUUUGCCCUCAAAUCAUGCAGUCCUUAUGAUGCCUAUUGCAGGCGUGUUAUACCAUAAUUGUCUUGCACUAAGCAGAAGUGGCAAAAUCAAGACUCGAUGGCUAACUAAAUUUCCCAUUAGAUGCUCUAAAAAUGGUAUUCUGUUACUCCAUAAGAACCUCUGUUGUCUUAUUUCAGUGACAUUAACAGUUUUCUGAAUAUUCCAAGGUUUGCACAUUUUCAGUCGUUCCUCUGGGCCUCCGUUUUCCUAUACUAGCUAUAUUGUUGUUUCUUUCUCUAGAGUUUCCAUUCUUGAACUAGAUUCUCAUAGGAAACUGCCUUAGAUCGAUUCAGAUGAUUAGUUUUUCUACGUCUGUGCUGACUGGCAUUGGCUUCCUGAGGUUUCAGACAGGAGUCAUUCAUAGCCUUCCUUAGGACCUUUUGUAUAUCAUCUACCACUGAAUUGCACCCUUUCCUUCCCAUCCCACUGUACAAGUUCCCUUUCUAGGAAUAUGAACCCUGUGAUCUUUGUAGAAUAUAUUUUUCCAGGUCAGAUGGUCUCACUGUUACGAUGAAUUGGCCAUGUGAUAAGGUACAAUUGACAAGUGAAUGUGCUCAUAAUAAAAUAGAAACAUGGGGAUUUGAAACCAAGUGGAUUUAAUGUUUACAAUAUUUUUCGUUGCCGUUUUUAGACAUUGCCUUGGUGGACUCUACGGUGUGUAAAUAUCCAUCAGCAGUUGUUAGAAGAAAGAUCACCUGAACUCUUUGAUAUUGCCCAGGCCUGUAUACAACAAGGUAUACUCAAAAUUGACAUUGGAUAUUAGUGGAAGAAUCACACGUUGCAUUCUAUUUGGAUGACCAUUCUUUUCUUAUAUUUGGGAUUAUUUGUGUGUUUGUUUGAUUGCUUAGUCCAGGAUGCCAAUCAUAAAAAGUUUCAUGUGAACUAUUUUUUAGGACUUCUCUCAUAACCUGAGAGAACUAUGAAAACAAAUGAAUUUCAAUGGACCCUGCUAUUGAUUUGUAAGACAUUUGCUCACUGGCUGUAUUUUGAUGUCACACUAUACUUUAGGAUUAUAUUAAACACUGCAUGUGGAAAGAUCUGCCAAGGGGAAUUCCCCUUCUUCUUCUUCUUCCCUCCCCAUGCAUAAUCUCCUCUGGAGGAGCUCAACCGGAAAAUAUGAAAAUGGCAUUAACAAAAAGUCUGGUUGAGCUUUACUAGGAUCUGUGCACCUUCUGUAUUCAAUUAAAUUUGCAUUUGAAAUGGUGUGAUUUUAAUGGAUGCAAUUAAUGCCCUAAACAUCAGUGUAUAACUAAUUGGAAAGUUGCUUUCAGUGAGCAAUAUAAAGCAAUGUUCGCCUUCAUCCUGAAGCAGCCUGACAAGGAAGGCUAUUAUUAACAUAGUAAUUGUAGGAAUAGAAAGAAGAUUCUUUAAAGAAAAGAUUAAUUACAUGUCCAUCCAAUGGCAUUUAACCUCACUGCAGGCAGCGCUGCACACUGGUUACCACACAGUUUUUAUGGAUAUUGGUCCAUUUCGAUUUGAAAGUAAGUCACACUUUGUUCGUUGGGAUCCAAGUAAGUAUAUGCAGGAUUGACGAAAUAAAAACAAAAUGAUCUCUAGCAACCUUAACUCUUUUCAAAAAGGGGGGAGGGAUAGUGUUAUUGAUUAAUUAGAAUAAAAUCCCAUUGAACACAAGAACCCUGCUUGAUGAGACCAAAGACUCGUAUAUUUUCAGCAUACUAUUUCCCACAGUAACCACCUGGAACAGAGGCAUAUCUAGGCUCUCUUGCAUCCUAGGCAAGGAGCUAUAUUGGUGCCUCCACCCAUCCUUUGCACCCUUGGCAAGGAGAUGUUGGCUGACCAGAGCAGUAAAGGAUGUUGGCCGCCCUGGGAGCAGGUGGGCAGGCUCCUAGCCAUUCCAAGUCAAGAGUAGAGAUGCUGUAAUGAUUGUAAUGAUGUAGAUGAUUCUGUCAUAACAAGCCAGUAAGUGCUGCAGUCUUUGUGACCUCGUUGUGUGGUUGGGUAUAUUUUAUCCUUCUGUUCUUCCUGGACGGAUGUUUUGUAACCCUUGAAAGCUUAAAAUACAGUGGUACCUCAGGUUACAUAUGCUUCAGGUUACAUAUGCUUCAGGUUACAGACUCCGCUAACCCAGAAAUAGUACCUUGGGUUAAGAACUUUGCUUCAGGAUGAGAACAGAAAUUGUGCUCCAGUGGCACGGCGGCAGCGGGAGGCCCCAUUAGCUAAAGUGGUGCUUCAGGUUAAGAACAGUUUCAGGUUAAGAACAGACCUUCGGAACGAAUUAAGUUCUUAACCCGAGGUACCACUGUACUUUUCAAAUACAGGCUCAAAUUCCCCAUAAAUGUGCUGAGUUACCUAUUCUUCUGUAAAAGGUUGUCUUUAAAUAGCAGCCAGCUUACAGCAAUAUUAGGAAUUAAUUGAAAAGAUCUGUACAAUCUUGUAAUUUGACAGGUACUUAUUCAAUCAGCUGUAAAUGAUUUCUAGAAAUGUUCUUAGCUUUGUAAGUUUCUUUAUCAUUUGUGUAGGAAGCAAGAUAAAACUUGACUGGAGCAAAUUAUGGGGGCAUGCAGGGAGAUGCAAUGGGAGGAGAGCAUGGGAAAGUCCCAUUGUAAGAGUGCAGGUCUGUUCUGCUGGCAGAUAGAUAAACUUGGGUGUUUUCUCUUUCUGUUUAAUGUACCCGUCUCAGCUUUGUGGAUAACAGCAAAGUAUUAUGAUCUCAGUUGCUGAUAUCAGUGGGGCAGAUAAAGAUACGGCUUCAUGUUUUUCGGCUUUAACAACAACCUCUGUUUGAAAUAGGAUGUGGUUAGUGAUGACUGUGAAGAUUAAUUGGAAGAUAAAACAAAUUAGCUUUAUAUGACAACAUAUUCUGGUUUGAUACCAAGAUUUUUCAUACUUGAAAGCAGUAUGUUGAAAUAAAUUAUACUUGGCAGGUACGCUAAGCAUCUUUUUAUAAAAAAUUACAUCAUUCGGCUAUUACUAAUAUCUUGUAACUUUUUAAAAAAAAUAAUGUACCAUGGAGCUCAGCCAGUUUCUUAAAUAGAAAAUCUUUACUAAAGCUAUCAUUCAAUUCAUAAGUGCAGAGCAGUAAUUUUUUACACACACACACACACACACACACCAGUCCAGCUUCUUGAUGCCAAAUCUAUAAAUAUUCAGUUCCCUUUGUGUUUGAAAAGGGUAUAAAGGCAAAGCGUUAUUGCAUACUUACUAUUCUGUUACUGUGGUAGGAUUAUAUUACUGCUCUGUCUGGUCUACAACCUUGACCAGCUUCUAAGAAUGUAAACCUUUAUAAAGUGCUUUCAUUAUGGGAAAAUGGGGCUGUUUGGGAUGUAUAUAUGCAUGAGAUCGAUCCAUUCUUGUAAAUAGUUUGGCAGCUUAUUUAAUAAACUGCACUAGAAAAUAAUCCAGUAUUUUCAGAAAUUCAUAUUUGGAUGAAAUGCUUGGUACCAUUUAAGGACUAUAACCUUGCAUGUGGUCCCUGACUUCUAAUAAUCCUAGAGUUGUUUUUCAAGGCUGGCACUGUUUUCCCCAUUGCAGGCAUGAUUCCCAGUCAUUUUGAUCAUGGUUGAGAUGGGAAUGGCCCAUGAACUCAAGUUUACCUUUGCCCUCCCUUUCUUUCUUGCAUAUCCUCCACCCCUUCUUCUCUAAAUUUGAUUACAGUGGAGUACUACUACUGCUGCUACUUAUUAUAUUGCUAUCCAAAGUGUGUGAAAACCUAGAGGACAAAGGAGCCACUUUAAAUUUUAAAAAAACUGAUGUUGGUGUUGUCUUGUAUUGAGUGGUAAUACACAACGUGUUUUUCCUCUGCUUCUCAUUCUUUGUUUCCUUCUCAGUCCCAUUUCCUAGUUGCCUCAGCACCCUUUUUUUUUGUUUUGCAGUAUCUGAAAUUGAAACGUUAUUUACUGAUGACGAGUGCUGGCAUCUUGCUGUUCAGUUCCACCUGGAGUGCGCUUACACGUUCUUGCAUUACUAUGAGUAUAAAAAAGCCAAAGAACACUUUCUUGCAGCCAAAGACAUAACCAAGCUACAGAUUAAUUUAACAGGUAUGUUUCUUUUCCCACUUCUUGAACAUUAAUAUUUAAAACUAACUAGGUUUUGUGUUACUUGAAAGUUGGAAAAGGAAGAUAAUGGAGAAGGUGUUCAAGAGUGCUAACCUGUUUCUGUGGUGCUUUAUUUGGCAAUUACCUUCGAUGAAAUCAUAGAACCAUAGAAUAAAAUUAUAGAAUUGUAGAGUUGCAAGAGACUCCGAGGAUCAUCUAAUCCGACCUCCCUGCAAUGCAGGAAUCUCAACUAAAAUUUUUGGUUUCGUUCUACAAGUAUAAUUUCUAACAUAAGAAGUAUGUUUAGGGAAGCUUUUAAUGUUUGAUGCAUUCCGUAUUUUAAUAUUUUGUUGGAAGCCGCCCAGAGUGGCUGGGGAAGCCCAGCCAGAUGGGUGGGGGUAUAAAUAAUAAAUUGUUGUUGUUGUUGUUGUUGUUGUUGUUGUUGUUAUACCUCCUGGAUCAGGCCAGUGGCCCAUCUAGUCUAACACAUUGGCCUAUUCUCACAGUGGCUAACCAGAUCUUUGUGGGAAACCUACAAGGAAUAUGCAGGAUCAGGGCUCAAGAACACUCCCUCUUCCUGUGAUUUCCAGCAACUGGAAUUCAGCUGCAUAUUGCCUCUUAACAGCUGAGGUGGCCACUGUGGCUAGUAGCCACUGGUAGCCAUAUCCUCCAUGAAUUUGCCUAAUCUUUUAAAACCUUCCAAGUUGGUGGUCAUCACUGCCUCCCGUGGAAGCAAGUUUCAUAGUCCAAAUGUGUCCUGUGUGGGGAAAAAGUAUGUCCUUUCAUCUACCCUGAACCUUCUAACCUUCAUUCAGCUUCACUGAUAUCCCCAAGUUCUAGUGUUGUGAAUGAGAGAGAGAAACUUUUUGUCCACUUUCUCGUGCCAUGUGUGAUUUUACAAACUUCCAUCAUAUGACCUCUUCUUCACCUUUUCUCUCAAGUAACAGUCCCAAAUGCUUCAACCUUACCUCAUGGAGGAGUAGCUCCAACCCCUUAAUCGUUUUGAUUGCCCUUUUCUGAACUUUGUGCUUCUUUUAGUUUUCUGCGUAGGAUGCCUGUUCAUUAUAUUGCAUAUGUUUCCUUGAAUACUGGUUGCUGGCACAGAGGGAAGUGGGAAAUGGACAGAAAUCCCCUCUUCAGUUCAGAAAUGUGGUCAGUCUUUAGGAACUUGGUGCAUGAACUAUCUCACCAUUCAAUGCCUCUAAAAAUAAACCCCUGUCUCAGUUGGUAGAGCAUCAGGCUCUUAAUCUGAGGGUCGUGGAUUUGAGACCCACAUUGGGCAAAAGAUUCCUGCAUUGCAGGGGGUUGGACUAGAUGACCUGCGGGGUCCCUUCCAAUUCUACAAUUCUAGGAUUCUUCCAUGAUAAUUGACUAGUUGGUGGUUCUCUGUCUUUUUCAGCUAAUUGUUUUGGUGCUGGCUCUGCUCUGCCUUAUUUCUCUCCCCACUGCCUUCUCUUGUUUUAUCUUUUAACUGGCAUGUUCUGUAAAAAGCUGUAUGAUCUGGAUGAAUUGCCAAUAUUGUGGGAUGGGUUUACAACUUGCAGCUGGUAAGCUUUGGGUGAAGAAGGAAUACUGGAGUGGGAGCAUUUAGAGUAAGUAUUAGCACAUCAAAAUACAGCUGUGGUUCGUAUAAACAUGACUCAGUUGGGAGUCUGCUUGCUUUGAUCUCUGCCUUGCUCUUUCCAAUUUUAAUGUCACUGAGCCUAAGUAAGUCUCGAAGUGUGAGGAUGUUAUGUACAAUCCUUGAAGAGAACAGAGAUCUUCGUUUGCAAGUGACAGGCCCACAGUUUAAUAAUGGUGAAUGAAAUUACUCGUUUAUCAGUCUCAAGGUACAACAAUACAAUAAAAAAAAUAAUGGGGCUUUUUGCAACAAGAAAGUGUUGACUUCUCAUUCCUUUAGGAGUGUCAGCUUGACCAAGAGGCAACACUGAGUUACUGGUUUUACCUGUUAAUAAUGUACAACGCUAAUAGUGAUCUGCUGACCUGACACAUCUUGUUGAGGAAGCACCUAUCACACACAGCAUCAGGAGCACCAGCAUUAUAUACCAUUGGGGAGAAGAGUCAUAGCACAUAUUUUUCCAUUUAGGUUCAAUUUCCAGCUCCUUCUAUUAAGAAAAUUUCAGAGGUAGGGCUGGGAAAGGACUCUGUGUGCAAGACUUUGCAGAACCAUGUCAGUAAGGAUAAACUGAACUGGCCUAGAUGGACCAAUUGCCUGACUUUGCUUAAGAGAGCUGUCACCUCUUUAUAUUCUCAGAAAUGCAUCAGAGAGCACCUACCAAGUAUUUUAUGACAGGCGUUGCUGUGAUUCUAGGGGCAUAAAAUUCUCAAGAUUAAUUACAAUAAAUACUUAAAUCAGAAUUGGGAUAUAGUUGGUUCAUGAGCCAUUCUUCUGUCCUGUUUGUUGCGCCUAAUCUUUGCUCUUAUUUGGGCUAGUUCUGCCUAUCUGCACACAACUCAUGAAUUUAUUUGCAUCUAUGGAUAAACUUGUAAGUAUUCAUGAUUGUCUUACGGAGCUAGAGUCCAGGUUCUGUUUAACUGCAUGCUCAGGUUAGCAUAGGUUUUAUGCUGCAAGAUAAUGCCUUAGAAGUAAAUGCCUAUUUUUCAGUUGAAUUUAAAAUAAUCAAGGUUUCAAACUAUACUUGGCCUUUAUCCAUGCCUUAAUGAGCAGUCCAAGUGGAACUCGUAACAGGGUGAAAAAAUCAACAAAUAAUCAACUCUGAUUGAUUUAAACUUGCCGAGUUUUCAACUACAAGGACAUUUGUCUUAAUAUAAUUGUCCUCACGGAAGUUUCCUGUGAAUUCGUGCCAGAAAAGAGUGGAAGAAGAAUUGUACAGUUUAAUUUUAAAGAGCAUGUAGCACCUGCUGUUCUUUAAAUUAUUUAGUGUGUUGAUGUCAAUUGGCAAGUUACGCACAACUUCCCAAGGGUGCCAUAAGCUAAGUUAACACGGUACAGCUCUUGCACAGUCCAAAGCUGAUUUAUUCUGUGUCAGCUUAGAGCCUAAUAAACGUACACUGAAAACCAACAUUUGUUAUAUUUUUGGGUACUUCUAAAGUUUGGAACUAGUUCAGGUUGGUCAAGAGCCAUUGAAAGUUGGUGCCAAACUGGAUGUGGCACCAAAUGCAUCUUGGCAUUUGAGGUAUACAUUUUUCUGUAAUGUAAAUAAGUGACUGGUGGUGUUAAUGGGGAAUUUUCUCCCAAUGAAAGAGCAGCUUCAGAGGGACCAUUGCAGGGGAGGGGAGGGUUAAAUUGCCAUUCCACACUUGAUCUCAAUAAUUAAGUCUCCCAGAUCAUAUUUACAUUAACAUGCAUGUUUUUUCAAAUGCAAAUAUGCUUUUUAUGUCUCCUCUAGUUUGGCCUUCCGUUGGAUAAUCAUGAGUAACAUGUCAGUAGUACUGCUCCUUUAUGCACCGUGAAGGCAACAUUGGGUGUUCUUGACUAGAAAGAAGCCUGCUUAACUCCUGUUAACACAUUUUUGAGGACAUUUCACAUUGUUAUUGUGGUCCAAAAAUAUAUCAUGACAGUCUGCCCUUAAAUGCAAUACACUCUGUUUAAAUCAGUAGCAUAGGAGGAAGCUGAGUAAAGAUCCAAAACGUGCAUUUAUUUAUGGUCAGAGUGAAGGAAUAGGUUAUUUGGGUGUCAGUACCGAGAUUAGUGAGGUUAAGUGGGACUUGCCAAUGUCAAAGAGAAGAUCUGUUGCUGUGGCCUCAGUGUGAGCUAAUGAAGGUCUCUUGUAAGUGCUUUAGUGUUGAGGGUGAAGGGGAAAGGCUGUAUUUUAUCACAGUGGUGUCAUGUCAGUAAAAAGCAAAACUAAGUCCAGGCAAGUCUGAAUGGAUUUCUUUCAGCUGAGUUUGGACCCAUCUGUAGGGAGAGUGGUGGCAUCCAAAUUCAUAACAAUAGAUGUUAAUGCAAUAUGUUAAGAGCUGAUAGAUUUUCUUUUGACCCGGCUUACAUGCUGAUUUACUAGAGAGGUAAACAGUUGCUUUUGAGGCUUUGUGGUCUGACUUGCUGUAACUUGAAUGAACACAAAUUUAGUGUUUUUCAAAAGCAUAUUUUUCUGCCAAUGGAAAGGAGAAAAGUAUUUUCUGUUUCCAUUCUGUUUGGGUUUUAAAUGAGCAUUGUCAGACUGAAUAUUUUAUGAGUUAGCUAUAAAUCUGUACUCAACAGGGCUCAAGCUGGAGUAGCGAUGAUCCAUAAUUUAGUGGUGCCACCGUGCUAUAAUUAGAGAAGCUUGCCUUAUAAUGUGGCCAAAACUAUAGCAUCUCUUUGAAACUGCAUGAUAAAAAUAGCCCCCCCAAGUGCUUUGCUUAGUUUCUCGAGUAUGAUUAAUAUGAUAAAUGACUUAUUAAUAUUGUACUUAGCUAUGUUUGUGAAAUUGUAAUUCCACUUGGGAUACAUUUUGGAGGAAUAAUUAUUCCUAAUUGUUUUAUUAUAUAAUUCUAAUUACUAUAUGAGUUACAGUUCCACAUACAUAAUUCUGUAUUUUAUUUGAAAUCUGAACUGUCAAGGCUCUGAUUCUAUCUGGCCACUAUCAGAAUCUCUGGAAACUGUUGCUGCAGUCAAUAUAUUAUCCAAGGCUGCCGCUUAUAAGUCCCUAAGGCAGUAUAAUUGAGGAGAGCACAUUCCAGUUGCCUGACAAUCUCUCCCAGUGGUUUCAUGUAGUGCUAAAUGGGGUAGAAGAUAAAAUGAAACCAGAUUGGACCCCAUAAGACAGGGAUGGAACCUAUGGCCUUGCAUGAUGUUGUGGGACUCCAAAUCCUAUCAACCCCAGCCAGCAUGGCCAAUGGACAGGAUCAAUGGGAACUAUAGACCAACAAUACCUGGAAGGCCACAGGUUUCCUCAGUACUGCUUCCUGGAACCUGCCUCUAGGAAGUCUGUAACUACCACAGAUUAGUUCCCUCCUCUUUCCCCAGAUAUCAUGAAGGAUCAUGUUAAACGAGAGACACCCUCAGUGUAGCAGUGUGUCCUUCUAACAGUAAUCACCUUUAAUUGUGAAAUAUACUUAUCAAGUGUUUUCAGUUAUUUAUUUAGCUAAUUAACAGUACAGCUUGUAUUGGAAAAAGUCACUGUUUAUUAAUACAUAUUUGUGCUUUGUUGUAAAUUUUAUUUAUCUACUAUGACAUUUAUACCCGUCCUUUGCUCUGUAGGGAACUCAGGAUGGCAUACAUGCUGUUUCUAGUCCAUUUCCCUUCCAGGCACUGACUAGACUUACACCUGCAUAAUCUGUCGGCAAAGAUGUCACAUCUUGUGCCUUGAGAACAUAACCUCAUACUCUGUGAAAUAUGUAUAUGUGUCUCUUAAAUUGUAACUUUGGUAUAUGUAACUAGAAUUUCUGUUUCCUCUUGAUGCCUAACUUUCUGCAGGUGCCCUGGGGAAAAGGACAAGAUUUCAGGAAAACUAUGUAGCACAGCUCAUAUUAGAUGUUCAACGGGAAGAUGACAUUCUCCUUCCUCACCGUGAGCUUAGUCCAGCACCUUCCCCACUUGAAGAUUUAACAAAGGUAUAGGAAUUUUUCUUAUGUAAUGUGCUGUUCAACGUAAGUAGAUUGCCACGCUUGCCUGUGUAUGUCUUAUAAAAAAAGGAUAAAGGGGAUUUUGAAGGCCAAUAGAAAUUAAGACUGCAUAAUGUGUAUGAAAGGUACAGAUAUAGUAAUAGUAGUAUUUCUUUUAUAAUAUAUAAAUCUUACCUCAUUGUGUGCUGUAAAAUGGUAACGGCAGAUUUUAUAUAUACAGUAUUAUAAUGGUAUGGGGUUGCUCGUGCGUAAGUUGCCGCCUCUCCUGGCUAUGUUGCCUUGUUAAACCUUUCUGUCUGGACAGCCCUUCAAUUCGUGGCUGCCUCAGUCGCUAGCAGAAUCCGUCAGUGGGCGUUUCUUAAACCUUUUCCAACAUAAAAGUUGUUUGACACCCAGUCUCCUCCUACUUUCUCUGCGCGGAAGUCUUCUGCACAGGGAGGGCGUGGGUAACGGAGGACCAGUGCUCUCCCCGCUGGUGUCCAGUGAAGAGUCUGGGAGCCCUCUCUCCGAUUCCCCCAUCUGCCCCUCCUUAUUCCUGGUGUUGCACUGAAUUGCUUCCCCAUCUGCUGAGCUGCCUCUCUCCCUGCUGGGCCCUUCUCCAGCAUCAUUAGAGAGCCUCCCCUCCACCUCUAGCUCCGAUGUCAGUUCCCUGACAAGUAUGUAUGUAUGUAUGUACUUACUGUGGUGGAUAAAUCCACAAAGCUUUGACCAUUUUAGCAAGAACUUUCCUGGAGCCUAAUGAUACACACACACAAAAUUCUUUCAUACUGCUGUGUGGUUUCAAAUAUAUAUUUGGUGCAACAUCCUUAGAAAAUGCUGCCGACUUAAAUCAGAGAGGAGCAAGGGAGAGUGCCAACAUGCAUGUGUGCUCACUUGUUUGUUUGCAGAGGCAGUUUCCUGUUCAAGAGCGUUGUGUUUGGGCUGGUGCUCUACUGAUAAGCAUUGCCUUUAUGGUUGUUUGCCUUUCACUAGCAGUGACUCAAACUAGAUUCAGACUACUGUGGGAAGAUGUGGAAACAGUAUCCUGUGUUACCAUGGAUUUGCUGUUCAAAGCAGCAGUUUUCAAUGAACAGCCUUUGCUAUUCUAGGGCAGUAUUCAAUGAAAUAGUUGCAUGCAUGUAAGCAGGGGGUGUUCUGGGGCGGGGGCGGGGUGUCUGCCCCGGGUGCCAUUCCAAAGGGGGGGUGACAAAAUGCUGACCCCCAAUCGACGUCACCUCCUCGGGCGCUUGCUGUGCACCCCCUCGAUGCAUGCCACGCCCCCCACAGACGGCGCACCACGCCUCCUGGGAUGCACACAGCUCCAGUUGCCGGAGCGGGUUGCUCCGUCUCUGCAUGCAAGCAUUGCUACUAGUGCAGUGAUAUUCUCAUGCUGUUGCACCAUCCUCAAACCUGCUUUGGAGGGUUUUGGGGAAACCCAGAACAAAUUUAGGGGUGCAUGCAGGGAGGAGAGGGAGAGAACAUUUCAUUGCACAGGAAUAAAUCAUUGUGCUGGCGGAACGUUUGUCUUAGCGCUAUCUCCAAUAACGUCUGUGUAGGCCAUGCAGAGUACAGGGAAAGUUCACAGCAGCCUGUAUUGCACCCUGGAGCAGCGUGCUGAGGUAGACAUGCAGCUCUUCUCUAUGGCCCAUGUGUUCCUCCACAUUUGCACAUGGCUUAGCAUUAAGUCUGAACAAGGGAUACUGGUUUGUUUUGCUCUAGAUGUGAUCUGUCUCUUAAGGUUUGUUCAUAGUUUUCUGAUUAGAUGAUAAACUGGGGGUUGUUGUUUCCUUCACAUGCUUGCAAGGAGGAGCAAAGCAGCCCAGAUUGCCACAUUCACAGCAAGCCAUUAACUAGGGUCCAGUGUGACAUGUUUAAAAAAUGCCACUUGGUGUACAUGUACAUUUAAAAGCAAAGUCAUUAGAUAUCAAUAAUAAUAAUCAGUCUAGCACAGUGGUUUUCUAACUUUAUAUUUUCAUGGAUAAUUUUCUACAUCAGCUUUACUGAAAAACCCUUUAGCAACCAUUGCAGAACCUGUGUGUGUUAAUUCUGUUUCCAUUCAUGGUUCUACAGCUCCGUCAGUUGUCCUGCAUUAUUAAAAAAAAUCAUCUUCAAUACAGUUGUUUUUCUACUAGGAAAGAGGAUACUUUUCUUUUUACUGAUAAGUCAAUAUGAGAAUUUAUAUUUUUGGCAGAGUUCAACACCAAUGCUGCUGUUAAGGGUUUUUUUAUUGUAACUUUCAAAUAGCUGAGCAAUUUUAAUGUGAAUGAUCACUUGUGUGAUUUUUUCCCUCCCAACAGAAUUAUGAUUUAAAUGAUGACACAGUGUUAAAUGAAAUAAAGUUUGCAGAAUCUCAUCAGAACCAGAUGCCUGACUUAUGUGCAGAAGAGCUUGCUGUUAUCCUUGGAAUUUGGUAAGAUGUUAUCUGUUGGUUCCACUUCGUCACUCUCUCAAGUGUAUGGCUGCAGCAAAAUGAUUAUUCCAUAAAAACUUGUUGGUGAAGUACUUUUGGGGAUGAGGUUAGAUCCACACAUGCACUCCCCUGUAGGGCCGGUUGAAGGUUCCUUCUAUUUGUACCUUCUUCACACAAAGCAGGAGACUUAAGGGCCAGGUUAAACUCAGUUGUGGAGCUAUUGGAAGUCAAUGCAAUGAGUCCCAUAGUGCAAUGGAACUUCUUCCCCAAACCUGCUUGGGAGAAGAGAAGGAAGAUUAUACCAUCCAGAAAACAGAAAUGUUUGUGCUGAUGAAAUGUUCUGCUUAGAGUGACAUUGAAUUUCAUGUGAUUUGACUGCUCUUUCGCUUUAACAACUUGGUGUAUUAUAAAAUAUAUCUGAUCUGAUAAUCUGAAAGUUUUGUAAGUGAUAUUUAUAGCUGUUUUGAAAAUGAAUUUCAGAAUGUUUAUAUUUAACAGACAGUAAAAUUUGACUGAUUGGCAGGUGUUGGAUUAAUUUCAUUAAUCCCUCUUUGGAGGUUAUUCUCUGGGCAUCUCUCCUUUUUCUUCAGCUUGGACAUCUUAAUUAUAUGUUAAAUCCAGCUGAAAAUGUUGUUGACUAUUGUGUAUUGUAUUUUUAAUAUUGUAUUGUAAUUGUCGGACAACUUAAUGUAUUUAAUUGAUUAGCAAUAAUUUUAUGUUAGCUGAUUUGUACCCAAAAUCUUCAUCCAAAGUUGCCUGAUGUAAUUAACAAUAUAAAAUGCAAAAACCAGUAAGGCUCAGAAUGUGAUUUUUUUCCCCUUCUAUGCAGCAUAGAUUUUCAGAAGAACAACCCGGUUCAUAAGCUCACAGAAGAGGAGCUGCUUGCUUUUUCAUCAGUAAGAAAAUUACCUAUCUCCACUUGCAUUGUGUUUAAACAUUGUUUAAUGGCUUCUCCCUCUGCACAUAGUAGAAGGAGCAGCCAGAUUGGGCCUGGUGGUCCUGCCUCCGUCAGUCUCCUCUUGUUCAUGGGAUGGUCUGAAAAAAUGCCUUCUGUGCCCAUAUUGUUGAACACACAGAGGCCCUUGGGCACAGCUGGAAAUCCUGGGUGAUUAAGUUUCACAGUUGUGUGGAGGGAUCUGCAUAAAUUAUGCAAAAGUGUUUCUUAAAUCACUUUUCAUUUACAUCGCAAACUGUUCAUGGCUCUCUACCAGGUGUUGGGAACCUCAGUCCUAUGUGUGAAAUUGUGGCCCUCCAAGCAAGCGCCUCCGUCUGGCUCUUUGAACUCUUCCCCAGGCAGCCCCCUUCCCUGACCCUGCUUCACACCUCAGUGUUUUUGCCUGGCUGGAAUGUGCCCCUGAGCACUGACAUUGCCUCUUGCUUGUCUGGAUGGAGGAGGACAUCAUCAUCAUCAUCAUCAUUUAUUACUGAUACCCUGCCCAUCUGGCCUGGCCUCCCCAGCCACUCUGGGCGGCUUCCAACAGAAUAUUAAAAACACACAAAAAAACCCCCAAACAUUAAAAACUUCCCUAAACAGGGCUGCCUUUAGGUGUUCUCUAAAAGUCAGAUAGUUGUUUAUUUCCUUGACAUCUGAUGGGAGGGUGUUCCACAGGGCGGGCGCCACUACCGAGAAGACCCUCUGCCUGGUUCCCUGUAACCUCACUUCUCGCAGGGAGGGAACCGCCAGAAGGUGUCUGGGCAGAACGAUGGGGGUAGAGACGCUCUUUCAGGUAUACUGGGCCGAGGCCGUUUAGGGCUUUAAAGGUCAGCAGCAGCACUGAGGGGUGUGCAAGAUUUUUAAAACUAGCCUGCUGUACAAAAGUAAAAUGUACAUAUGUUGCUCCAACCAUCACUAGCAAGCGGCCAGAAGAGAAUGUGGCCCUGAGGAAGAAGGGUCCCCCAUCCAUGCACUAUGCUGUUUGUCUAAAGUGCCAUCUUCAGUUUGUGUGUGGCAUGUAGUCACAUUCCUAAUAGUUGUAUGGGAAAGCAAUCUAAUCCCGCGAGUUAAGUGUUAACACUUGGUGAAAUUGCCUGACAAAAUUGUCUUGGACAAAUUGCUUUACAUGCUCAAUCCCCACUGACCAGGAGUGGUGUUCGGUGACACAGAUUACUUAGUAUUUCGACAAGUUCAAAUACAUGUCCAAAAGCUGUUCAGAGUUCAAAGUUGUUUCUGUGAUCAGUUUGACAGGCUUUGGGGGCUGGUGGUGGGUGACUUGGGGGAAGCUGGAAAUGCGGCUAGCUUCCACCUUUUGGUAUGAUACUACCUUAAUGAGCACAUUUAUCAAAGAAGUAUUCUUCUCAUGAUUGAAAAACAUUACAGUAUUUAGAAGCUCCUUUAUAUCCAUAAGAAUUCCCAUCUAUCUUUGUAUCUUGCUUUGUGCACUGUUUCAUUACUGGAGAAAAUACAGCAAUUCUCCCCCAAGUGAACUGAAUGAGUGCAUUCUGGUUUCCUUGAUUUCUGUUCUAGCUGUUUUAAAAUUAUGAAACCAUAAAGGCUCAAUUAAGAGGUUGGCUUUAUGAAUUGCUUUGUUCCUAUGCCUACUAAAGCUUUUACUGAAUACUGCAUUUGAGAUAAUACCGGGGAGGAAAUGGGCAACAAUAGCCACUUGUAGCAGAAGUGUAGGUUUGUAAAUACAGUAUUUUUCAUACCCAGUUUUAUUUGUGUGUCUUGAAGUAAUGAAGCUCUUAUUUUGGGCAAAUUCUUCAUGUAGGGGCAUGUAUACUGAAACAAGUCUAGAGAAGCUAAUUCCAAAAUACAUUGUGUAGACUUUAAGCUGCCACUAUACUCCUUUUGUCUGCAAAUGGCUAGCAUGGCUGCCCCUCUGAAAGUUAUUACUACUGUGCCAUCUAGUGGCUGAUUAUUUGAAUACAAGUGCAUCAGUGCACCUUCUGUCUCUCUGUGAAGGAAAUUUCAAGGAAACUUUUGCUGCCUUUGAAUGAUGUAUUGCCUGUCGUCAGCCAUUAUACUUAUUGCUAGUGUUAAUACUGAUCAUAUUAUUUGUCAAUUUGUUGAUGCAGAAAUUGGCCAUAGGGGAAGAACCUUCUCAAAGCAUCUUACUUUUGUACUAAGUCUCUAACCUUCACUGUACUUCAGGAAGUUGUGGAAAAAUAAAAGGAAAGUUUCUAGUUCUCAGGUGCUUUUGGUUAAAAGCCUCCAAUUAUAUUUGCCAACACCGUAAGCAUCUUCUUGGUUUAUGCAAAAAAAUUAAUUACAGAAAGAGAGUUUUUCAAUAAAGCCAAGAUUCAUGUUUGAUCCUAGCUCCUCUAACAUCAUAUACACUGUUGUGUGUAUGUGUGAGCAGGCAUCUUCUCAGCCUACAUGUGGAUUCCUAAAUCUGCAGGCUGGUUAGAUGGUUGUCAUACAUACAUCUGAUAUCUACUUAAAUAUGAGACGUUUCAAGAUACCUUGAAGCAUCAGCAUUCAUACAGCUCUUUUUAAAGUGAUUAAUGAGUCACUACUUCAUUGUGGGCAUUGUAGCUCGGAAUCCCAGUAACCAUGUUGAUCUGUCAGCGCUCAAAAAUCCAGAUCAAGGUUGGUGAUGUUUUGAUGAACCCAAUGCCUUUUUUUUGUAUCAAACACCUGCAUUUGAACAAAAGGCCAGGGGAAACAGUGAAGGAUAGGUAAUUAUUAUUAUUGUUGCUUCAAGAGAGGUCCAACUUAACUUUCUUUCCCCUGAGUGCUGCUGCCUUCAGAUAAUGCUUUAGCCACCUGAAUUCCGUAGAAAAACUGAAAGGUGCAAAUCCAUUUAGAAAAGUCAUAUUGCUUAAAAUAACCUUUUAGUGCCCCGCUCUGGAUUAUGCACAUUAAAUAUACAGAACUUUCAGCAGCCUAUGUUCCUUCCAUACCCCUGGUCUUUCUCAGGGUUUUUGAGUUGAGUUGGCUGUUAUCACAGUCUUUUCUCAUAAGGAACCUUAAGUUUCAAAUUAUAUUGGUUGGCCACUUCAUUCAAUAUACACUUGAUUUCUCUUAUUCUCUCCCUCCUCGCACUCUAUCAGAGCUGUGGCAAUCCAUAACUCACAGUCUCCUCCAUCACUCAGAGUCUGGAAUACUUAUCUCUUUCAUUUAGCUCUCCUUCCCCAAUAAUUGGUAACAAUUCCCAACUGUAUGGCUGUUGCUUCCCCUUUUGCUGUUCACCUGAGUCUCCUGAUAAGGGUGGGGGAGGCCUAUAUUUCCAUCCCCGUCCUUUCAGCCAACUUCCAGCCUGGCCAUGUUUCUUCUUGGCCACAAGCCCCAAAUGGCCUGAAGAUGGGAGGCAUUCACAGACAGUUCCUUAGAGGCAGCAUAUCUGGUACUUUAUUUAUUUCAAACAUUUGUACCUCCUGUUCCAGGUGGCUUAUAACUACCAAAAGGUGAAUAAUAUUGCAACAUUCAGAAGCAAAGUUUUUAAAAAAAUAAAUAAAUAAUGGGAUAGAAGCAUACCUAAUCAUAUAUUUUUUUAUCCCAUUAUGUGGUUCUGUUGCAUGUGAACUGCCUCACGCUCCCUGCUGAAAACAAAAUAUAUAAUUGCAGUUCUUGCUGUGCAGCAGUAGUGGGGAACUUUUCUAGUCCAGCGAACUAGACUGUGGUGACCUCAGGCCAGGUUUGAAAUGUGGGUGCUGCUGCUCACCUGUCAAUCACUUGACACUGCAGUAACAUCAAGUGGCCUUUUUUGCCAUCGGGAGUCUUCCGAAGCCCCUUUCAUAGCUCUUAGAAGAGGAACUUCUGAAGAUCUGACAGAAGCCCUGCUCAAAGCGGAGGGCUAGAUAGCACUUUUGAGUGGAGCUUCUGAAGAAGUCACCCAUUGGCACUGCCUUCCAACACCCUUUCAGCCAAGUCUGGCUCUUAUCAGCCGUUUGCUGCGACAUCAGGUGUAGGGCAGGUGGGUGUGGCUUUGCCCUCAGGGGCAAAGUGGGGAGACCUGUUGAAGCCUUCAUGCCAGAAAAUUUCCACUCCAUACUCUAGAGACAGUACUGAUAGGGACCCACACCUAGGUAAAUAGAUUUUUCAGACUUCAUCCGCAAUCCAGUGAGCUGUUGUUGUACCGUAGGCAGGAGUUGCUUUGAUCUACAGCAGAAUCCUCUGCCACAAAUUGCUCUUGAAAUUCCUUGAGCUUCAAAAGCAACUUUAUCUGUGAUGUGGAAGGGCUUGUAUGGAUUCUUGUUUCGCGGAUAGUUGCUCAUUACAGACUCUCCCCCCCCCCCCCGGCUGCCACUCAGCGCUGCCUAAAACUCUGCUGUGAGGGAUUGUAAAGACCUUUUCAAAACAGCAUGCAGGGUUGUAUGGGGUAAAUUGGAACGAGCAUUUUCCUUCACAGCACAAAGAGCUCUGCUGGUCCAUAGGAUCUUCCUCAAGUGUGUUUGUUCAAUUAUUUUUUGUUUAGAGUUCUUGUAAACCUCUCAACAUUUAAAAAUUCCAAAGUAUUAUGUAAAGGAUAAAAUGUGCAAUAGAAAAUGGCAUAUAAAGGACACAGGAUGCAGUUUAGUAUUUUUCACAAUGACCGAUACAAACAUCUUUAGCAUACGCUGAAAGCAGAAUAUUGUGAGGGCAAUUGAGGAACAAAGCCAGAGUCAAAAUUGGUUUUUAAUGAAAAAUCAAAUUACAUACAGUUUCUAAAACAGUCUGAAAUUUUCCAUAUAAUUGUGUUUUUAAAGAUAAAUCUGCCCUACUGAGCUUUUAUCAGUUCUUUUGAGAUUGAAACUGGCGCCUUAAUAUGAAUGGAUUAAUGCUCUUGGAAACCAUUAAGAGCAGUUUUUAAGGAAAUAAUUUUAAAAACAAUUGAAGCAUAAAUACAAUUGUAAUGCUGAUCUUGUAUCUAUUUUUAUAUUGUCAACUUAAAUAGAAAUAAAUUUAAAUCAGUUUGUCCUUCUCAUUUUAUUACAUUUGGCCAUGCUUGAGGACCCAGGGAUGAAAACAAUUGUGCUUUUGAUAAACUCAAUUUUAAUAUCUUAAAAGUUUAUAGAGCAAGUCACUGUUUUUCUUCAUAGUAUAUAAAUUUGGGCUAGAACACUAGCCCGUGUUCUUUGUUCAAAUAUUUCUAAUUUAUACGGGAGACUUUUAAUAGUAUUACAGUUUAAACUUUUUGUCUUUAUGUUCUGUUUCUGCUGCUUGCCUCCACUUGCUUGGUGAAACAUAGGAAAACAUUUUAAAAAUCAGAUAACGGUAUUAAAAGGGGUAAGAUCAAGGGGACGAGAGAGCUGUCAAAACUGAUAGAAUAUUGUCUGGUUCAAAGGUGAACCAGAUGGUGAAAAUAGCUCUGCAUUCCACUUCGUUGAUCCUUAUUUUUCAUAAGUGUUCAAAUCCUGUUGACAUAUGGGAAGGGAAAAGAUCCAUACAUACUUUUUCUCACCUCUGCACCUCCUCUAGUCUGGAUACAUUUCAUAAUUUCCCUAGAGACUCCAUUUUUAAAGAAUCUCUCUUAGCAACUAUUGUAUUAUAUAGGGUGAAUUAACAGGGGUGUGUUGUUAUUUUUUAAAAAAAAGUGGGUUGGCUCCAAAGAAACAUGAAAAGAAGGAAAAUAUCAGCUAAUAGUUCUUGCAAAACCUUUCCUAAGAGUUCACUUAGUUGUAUAUUAUGUGGUCCCUGUAGUAGUUUCCAUGCUUCUGUUUGGUGGGGAGGUUUUGCAAAUAGAACAUAUUUUCUUACAAAAGGCUCUAGCAUAAGAUAUGAAACAGCCUUUCAGUGAGUAGGACAUCUUCCGUAUAUAGACAGGCACCUUUGUAUCCUUUGUAUAAAUACAAAAUGAAUAAAUUCAAAUGCAGGUAAAUCUAAUUUCUAUGGGCACAAAAUCUCUUCUUUUUAAGUAACACUGUGCAUACCGUCUUGGUUCCCAUCCAGGAACACACUGAUAGUUUUUUGAACUUGCAGCACUGACAGGUGUAGAACAGAACCAGCAUCUCUCAGUGCUGUUUAAACAGAGGCCACUGAGUUGUAUGCUUGGUUUUGCCCCUGAUAUUGCUGGGAUUCCCCUUCCCUCUCCAUAUGUGUUUAAGGUGAAUGUUUACAGCAGAGACACCCUGAUUUCCCAGGGGUUUUUAAUUGUGGGGGUAGCAUCCUCGGGUAUCAAACACAAGAGGAUCUGGGAAGAACUGGGUGAUAAUUUGGACAGGCUAAAUAAAAGCAUAGCCUUGAAGCCCUGCUUGUACCCAUGGUGAGUAAUGCCAGAAUAGGGCUGUGGUGUUUGCCAGUCAGCUGUAAUGCAAGGCAGGAGGAAGGAAGCCCAUCUUGUGUCCUAGUGGCACAUCAGAACAAACAGCACAAGCCACAUCUCUGGUUCUAAUGGGAGUUUAGCAGAGAACUGCCUAGCUGAGCCCAGUGUCCUUUCUUGCUUCCUGCCUUACCUAACAGCUCUUCAGUGUUAUGAAUUGCUCCAGACUGAAGCCUUUCAAAGAGCUGAUUUGCUCCUGUGAGGUGGAGUCCCAAACUCGCCAACCGCCAGUGGCUGUGACAUGAGUACUACUGAUUGCUGUUACUGAAUGUGCCUUCCCCAAUGCAGUUCACUUUUUGUACACCUGCUAAGAAUAACCUAUAUGUUCAAACCCAUUUGUCUUGACUAGAAGAUUGUAAAAGCACCACUACGGAGGUUAUAGGUUAGGCAACAUUAUUCGGAGAAGCAUUCUGUCCCUUCUCUACAGGUGUUAUAAUACAAAUAAUUCUAAUGAAAUGAGCUUGGUGAAGAUCUCACAUGAAAACAUUGGCUGUCCUUUCUCCCUUCUGUUAAACUUUUUCUCUCUCCAUUCUGUCUUUGUGCUUUUAUGUCACGCCAGUUAAUUUGUGGCGGUCUUCUAUUCCCGAAACCUUAGCAAUGUAAAAUGCUGGUACUGUGUGUGAAAUUAGGCUUCCCCUGACAAAGCUCUCUUGUUUCUUCACGCUUUCUUUCCUUAUGUCACUAUUUUCUCUGGCAGCCUGGUAGACAACUGGCCUGGUGUGUACCUAAAGAUCUUCUCCCUCUCGUUUGUCUUUGGCCAGCUGUAUCUUCUGUGAGUCAUUUGGUCAGGAAAGACUUUGACUUCUUUAUAGCAUGAAAACAGGAUUACAACAGAGUGCUGUUUGAUCUGGCAUAGUAUUUUAGAAUGCUGAAACAGUUCGUUCUUUAAAAUGUCUCACUUUUCCAACCUUUCAUCCUGGUUUACCCCAGUCUCUGGUGUAACCAUAAGAGGUGCUUUUAUGUUCUGUCUUAAAACUGAAGUUUCAAAUGACUUCUUAGGAAUUUUUCUUAGGACAAUUCUUUUUUCCACUUGAUUAUUGGUGGCUCAUGUAUACUGGAGAGGCCUGAGGAAACACUUUUAAAGAACUUUUACAUAUGUAGUCUAUCAACUUCCCUUUUUAUUAAGUUUUGUUGGGCAAAUGAUUUUGGUGUACUGGGAGAAUGGAUUUGUUCAUACAUGGAGGAUCCACAGUUUUGCUCACCAUGGUGAGUACCAAGAGAGCCUCUGGCCAGCAUGAUUCCUAGGCCUCCUCCUAACUCUGAAGUUGCAGGAACACCCCCAGGGCAAGUAUUUGACACAAGUCUCAAUUUGUGUUGGCUCUGACUUGUUUGGUGUUCUGGGUGCCUGGCAAUGGCAGACCAGCUAGUGGGGAAGGGGGGUGGAGUAAUUUUUUAAAAUUUAAAAAGGAGAAAUGGCUUGCACUGAAAUAUUGCAAGUUCUGAUUGAAUCUGAAGCAUGGCUGACCUUCUUGAAAUAAUACAUGCUUUGCUCCAGUUCACUGUCUAAAACAAAUAACAUUAGAACAGUCUAUUUAAUAUUAGAGAAAUGUUAAAACUGUUUUUAAAAGGUGUAAGACAGAAAUUAAUUCACACAUUUUCUUUCUAAAUGACUCGCUCGAAGACCCCUUCAUUUCCAACUCCGUAUUCCCCAGGGAUUAAGUACAAUAUUAGCAUGCACUGCAUUCAUGUAGGAAUUCCUGUUGUACUGUUAGCUAUUGUCUAUGAAAAUCCUUGAACUCUGGCAUUGAAAAGUUAAACCCUUUUCAUAGAAAUCCAAAUUCCUGAUUUAUUGCUGUUGAGAUUGGGCCUUCAGAAAUACAUACUGAUGCACUAUGAUGUGGUAUGGAAGGCUGCGCUUGCUUGGUUUCAGGAGCUGGUCCAAUCUAAACAUCUAGUUGGGGUGGGAAGACAGUGUUGCAGUCAAACAUGGCUAAAGUGGCUUUCAGCCUAACACAGAAUAAAUGAUAUGUUUGGAGUAAGGUACAUGUUGGUAAAAUGGCUCAGCUCCACUUGAAGUGCAAAUGGAAUCCACGCCUUGUGUAGCUUUAGCCUUCACUCAUUAUUGAAAACCAAUUCUUUAAACAAAAUAGUGAACGGACUCAUUUUCCUCGCAUGAAAAAAAAGGUUAAUUGCAAGUCUCUUCUGAUGAAAAACAUAUUCCAGAACUGAAAUGUGUAUUGAAACCCUGUCAAAAAUGAAUUAAGAUUCCCAAUAAGAGCUGUAGGAGUUUGAAGAAAUUUCCCUGGUCUUGGCUGUAAAACUUUGGCACUGCUUUGCAGCAAAUUAAAACCAAGGAUAGUUGAUGCCAGCUAUACCACAAUGGCUUGUUCAUCUCCUAACAUUGCCCCUGAACAGGAUGUAAGUCUCUGUUAUAAAAGGUAUUGCAAGAAAAAACCUAGAGGCUAUUGAAACUAUCAAGAAUAAUCUGCACUAAAAGAUGUAGGCAGACGCAAAAAUGUUGGCAUUACUAAGUAUGAAUUUUAUAUAUGAAAUGAGGAUAGCCAACAAGGUGCCCCCCCCCCGGUGUUGUUAGGCUACAUGUCCCAUUAUAGCUCACCAUUCUGGAGGGCAUCACAGUGGCUACUCUGGAGUAGAAUAUUACACUCCAAGGCACUUGAAUAUUUUAAAACACUUAGAUUCCCUCCUUCUAAAUGAUUAGCCAACGAAUCAGCUGAAAUGCUAUCUAAAGCUACCUGUUCUAAAGUAAAUUAUCAAAUGCAGAUUUUGGAAGCUAAGAUACUGGGCACAAUUAAGUAUGUUAGCCUGAAUCAAAGCAGCUACAUAAACCAAUUUCUCGGAUGUGUUUCUGAAACAGCAGUUUCCCAUCACAUGUGGCAACCCAUCUUUUAAAACUGAGGGCAGUUUCAAAACAAAUGUGUGGCAUGGUUUGUAAGACUGCUGCUAGAAUGUGAGGAAGUCGAUAAUCCCACUGGACACGCACUGGGCGCCCCUUUCCUGUCGCUUGGCUUUUCCCACUGCACAAGCAGCAAUGCAUUGCAGAAACAGGAUCCAACAGUUAACCAUGGCUUCCCAUUAUCUACAAAUUCAAAAACUGGUUAAUUGUUUCCAAACAAGCCAAGAUAGGAAGCCAUCAAACAAUGGUUUCACAUUUUGGCUUCUUUUGAAUCCUAGCUUGUUUUGCCAUUCACGUGACACAAGGAGCAAAGUAGCUGGAAAGAGGCUGCCCAUAGGUGCCAAAUCAGUCAAAAGAUGUCAGCUGUAGUGCAUUGUGUAUGUUGCUGUGACAUCCAUCUGGGUCCAGCAUAUGCAUUUAAGUUGAUUUCAAGUGGUUACCAUGCAAGUGUCUGUCAGGCUUUGGACACCACAUUAAUCCCCAGUGGAUUUUAAUACAAUUUUGAUAUGACACUGAGAACCAUUUGGACAUAUAUGACUGGGACUCUGUAUUAUUGUUUUCCUGGACUACAUUUUGUGAUCCAUUUUGCGAUGCUUUGCCGGACUGAUGGGAUGUGAACAAUCUGAAUACAGCAGUAAUGGAUUUGCAUAUUGUGAUUUGGAGGGACACAGCAGUAUAAGUGAUUCCUUUGUUGGGACGGAAUGUACUUGGAAAUGGGGCAGGUGACUCUUGCUGCUUUUCAGUUUCUCCAGAAGCUCUACUUUAUAUGGGACUAUAGGCAGUGCUUGAAUUAUGGUAGGGGAAAGGUAGCCCCAUCCCACAAACUACCCCAAACUUGCCAAAUCAUAGCUCGACUACAGCCUUCUAUAAAAGGGUACUAAGGUGGCUGUUGGAAAAGAGCAAGCAGGUAGGGCCCCUCUAAUCUCUGCACUCAUGCAAUUUGACUCCCACCCCCCCUCUCCUUGUGUGUCCCUGCAUUCUGCCAGAUCUGCUUUAGGUUCCCUACAACCCUCCAGAGAAUAUUGGGGAGGUGUGAGCAGUGCACAAGGGAAGAGAGAGAGGGAAAGUUCCAUUGUACUGUAUGCUUUAGAAAUGUGUGUUUGUUUGUUUUUAAAAAACCUAACAAAAAAACAAAGAGUAUUGUGUUUGCCUCUGGCUACCAUAUUCUAAAAUCGUUGUCGGCAAAAGCUUAGAUACUAAAAGUUUGAGAAUGCAAUAGAAAAGAGACUUACAGGACAAAACUAAGAACCAGAGUUGCCCAGUAGUUAAAAAGAUUGCAUUACAGACAAUAACUAAGAGGUAAUAGAUAUAGGGACGCGGGUGGCGCUGUGGGUUAAACCACAGAGCCUAGGACUUGCCGAUCAGAAGGUAGGCGGUUCGAAUCCCCGUGAUGGGGUGAGCUCCCGUUGCCCGGUCCCUGCUCCUGCCAACGUCACAGUUUGAACGCACGUCAAAGUGCAAGUAGAUAAAUAGGUACCGCUCCGGCAGGAAGGUAAACGGCGUUUCUGUGCACUGCUCUGGUUCACCAGAAGCAGCCUAGUCAUGCUGGCCACAUGACCCAGAAGCUGUACGCCGGCUCCCUCAGCCAAUAAAGCGAGAUGAGCGCCGCAACCCCAGAGUCGGCCACGACUGGACCUAACGGUCAGGGGUCCCUUUACCUUUAAUAGAUAUAUAUAUAUAUAAGAAAAAUCUUUUAGGCUGUAAGAACAGUCGAGCAGCAGAGCAUGCUGAUGAUCACAGAAUUGUCUUCUCAUGUUUGGUGGCUUUAGCUUUGGGAUUCUAUCUACAAUGUAGGUGCUUGGCACUUGCUCGUAGAGAUGACUUCCUCAUCAAGUGCCAUAAUGACUCAUAGCCCGUUCUUCAGCUUGUUUGGCUUUUAGUAGCUGUGCUUGUGCUCCUGCCAUUUACGCAUUCACUCAUGUUGUCAUUCUGUUACUAAAGUCAAUCCAUUUUGCUGCUAUCCUCUUCCCUUCCUUCUGUGUCGCGUCUAGCAAAGAUCAUUAGAUACAGUAACCAAUUUCAAAGUCUGACCAGAUAUUCUCCCCCUUUGAAAAGUUUCCUGGUUGAAAUAAUUGUUCAAGGCCUUCCUAUCCAGUGCAUCAAGAUAUUGGAGGCAAAGCAAUAAAGCGUCAUGCUCCAUAACUCUUAAAAACGCCUCUUAACUGUAAAAUUAGCAGAAUAAAACCAAUAGUGUGUAAAAAGUCUUGAGCUGCUUUAGGUAACUGCAGUCCAUUAAGUACUGGGUCUGGGACAGUCAUACAAUAGUCAUGCUAUUACUGCCUAAUCCUAUUGAAGGAUUAUACAAUAGCAUUUCAAAUUUUCAUCGUCCGGCAACUCUCAUUUAUGAUGGUCGCUUCACCACAUUGUCAAGAUAGCAGCCAGUGAAAGAAAAGCUUCCACGUAACUGAGCCAUUGAAACAAUCUCUUAUUAGCUUUUGAAGUCAAGAAUUGUGUGGACACAGAAGUAUGUCUCGAAUAAUUGGCUUGGAUCCUGAGACAUGCAAGCUGAACUGCAGUUCCACUGUAAAGUUUUCCUCCCUUUCCUCAUCAGUGCAGCCCCUGAAUAGUGUAGGCCAGAGCUUUCCAAACUUUUCAUGUUGGUGACACACUUUUUAGACAUGCAUCAUUUCGCGACACAGUAAUUCAGUUUUACUAGCAAACCGGAGGUUAAACUAACCCCUUUCCGGUUCUGACAGGAGCACACGAGAGCCAGUGUGGUGUAGUGGUUAAGAGCGGUGGACUCGUAAUCUGGUGAACCGGGUUCGCUUCCCCGCUCCUCCACUUGCAGCUGCUGGGUGACCUUGGGCUGGUCACACUUCUUUGAAGUCUCUCAGCCCCACUCACCUCACAGAGUGUUUGUUGUGGGGGAGGAAGGGAAGGAGAAUGUUAGCCGCUUUGAGACUCCUUCGGGUAGUGAUAAAACAGGAUAUCAAAUCCAAACUCUUCUCUUCUUCUUCUUCACAGUGAGCAUUUGCGCAACACACCUAUAUACUGUAGCCGACACACUAACGUGUCACGACACACAGUUUGGAAAGCUCUGGUGUAGGGUAUGGCACAGUGGGGAACCUCUGGAAGGGGGUACCUUAUAUGAGUGGAAGUACAUUUAUGCUUGCCCAUAGUGCUGUUAGAUCCAAACCAUUCAAAUUUGAUACAGCCUUUUGUUUAGCAUUUGAUGGUUUCCUUCAGUGGCAAAUGGAAAUGUUACCUCUUUUUUGCUAUUUUUUUCUACCUGCAAUUUAAGCAAUUAGCCUUACUCAGCUAAAAAUGGCAAAUUAUCUUCUACUAAGAAAGAGCACAGUCAUUUAAUGGUUCCUUUUGUGCCACAUAAAUGCAUGAAAUGCUAUUUUGAAAUGCAUUGAUACCAGCGACAUAAUACACAACAAAUAAUCUCCAGUAUGUAGUUACAAUGCUACAAUAAAUUAAUGCUGACUUUGUUGUAUUGGUACAGAUCUUUGAAUCACUAGUUAGAUAUCAAGAGUCAUAUUAAUUGUCAGAUAUUGGUUAUAGUUGACUACCUACUGUAACUCAAGUGUCCUGGGGUACCACGCAGUAAGAUUUCUCAUCUUCCACUCAGUAAAAAUAAAUGCUUUGUCCUUUUUCUUUCCUUUUUCCCAGUAUCUGCUUUCACAACCAAAAUUCUGGGCAAUUCAAACUUCUGCUCUGCUUCUCCGAACGAAGCUUGAGAGGGGAAGCAUUCGUCGAGUAGAACGGGCUAUGAAACAGACUCAGGUAAGAGGGUUUUUUGGUAUAUAGUUAAAUCUCUCUUCCAAUUUUCUACUCUUGCUAUUUGAAGUGCUUUCUUUCUUCUUUUUUUAAAUAAAGAAGCAAUAUAAAUAUUCAGGGCUUUUCAUAACACUUGAAUUACUUGCAUACUUUAGUUAUUUCUAAAUGCAGCGAACAAACAUUUUCUGUAGGCUAUUUAGAGCUGCAGCUUUUUUGCAGUCUUGGUGAAGGAUACCCAGGGAUAGAAACCUGUUUCUGCUUGGAUCACCAUUAUUAGAUAGUGGCAGGUGAUGUUCUGCCUCUGUACAGUAUUGGCCAAAUAGCUACUGGUAUUAAGCACAAGGACAAAAUGUUCAGGAAGAUCAAAAGAUAUUAGAAGUGUAGAGAACAAACUGAAAUGUCAAAAAUAUCUUUUGAAAGACUGCUGAAGUAUUUUUACUGAUUACAGCUGCAGGCCUAUGGAUAUUUACUUAGGAAAAAAGUUUCAUCAAGCUCUGUGGAAUUUCUGGGUGAACAUACAGGAUUGAGCAAUAGUUGAUAUCGCUAGUAAGGUUUCUGCAAUGUUUAAUGCAAAAUCCAAAAAAUGCUGACAGAUUAAUAUUUUUAUGAAAAUAUAUUUCCUUUAUUUUGGUGUACACAUGCUAUUUUCUUGAACCGGGCUAAGGAUUUUAAGGCAAGUUGUUGUUUUUUUAAUAUUGAAGUCUCAUUCUAAGCCAUGUUAAGGAAUUUGUUGAUUUGUUACUUUUCAGGCUGCCUAAAGUGAUAACGCUGUAGUUUUAGUUACCUGUCAGAAAUCUGCCAUUGCCUGUCUUCAUGGGAAUUACAAGCAGAUACAAGUUUUGAUCUGUAUGAUUAUUACACAAGAAUCUUAUGCAGCCAACACUGUUCCCACCUAAUCAUAUCUUUGCUUUUAUAAUGCAGUUAUUGUGCCUGUUAGCAUUCGAUAGUUUCAUAUUUUCUUUGCUGCUGAAUCAUGGAAAUUUUCCUAUUUAGGAUUUCUUGUAUGUGUUUCAUUCACAGCUAAACAAUUUUCCUAUUAAGGAGGCAAGUGGUGUGUCAUACCAAAGGUGCCUUUAAAAAUUGCUUAGCAAGCAAACUGGUAUUCUAAUGGGUAGGGCUGUCUGUCUUUAAGACUGAAAGGUCACCCAAGACUAUUUCCCCCCCUUAAUCAAACACAGAUGUGGUUGUGGUAGCUUGUGUCAAAUGGCAAUUCAUUACUAAAAAUGGUCUCUUUUAAGUGUCAUUUUCUGCAAUAAUUAUCACUUUUGUAUAGGGGGCAUAAAGGGGAGCAACUAUUUGCCACUUAUUUGGUUAAGAAUCAGUGUGGCUGUCCAGUCACUAUCGUAGUGAAUCUGGCCAAAAUUCUUCCCGAAAAGCAUUUCUUGAACAUCUGAUUCAACUGAAUUGAUUGGUUGUUAGUGGUGUUUUUGUAUCUUAAUUUUAAGUGGAAAUUUUUCGGUUUGGUUAUGUAGUUUUUAAUGUGUUUUAUUUUUAUGACUAUUUUGCUAUAUUUGUAAUUAUGUAAAGCUUUUCAUAUUGUAAGCCGCCUUGAGCAUUGUUUUAACUGUGGAAAGGUGGCAUACAAAUAAAUGAUGAUGUUGAUGGUGAUGUUUGUAGCAGGAUGCCUGCUGCUGGAGUGCUGUCUCCCACACAUUGCUGCUCUCUCAGGAUCAGAAAGAAGACUUGCAGCUCUCUCUCCUGUCGCAAACCCCACCAUUAGAAAAGCCAUUCCUGAAAACUGGGGGUUCCAAUAAUAAUAAUAAUAAUAAUAAUAAUAAUAAUAAUAAUAAUAAUAAGUAGUAGUAGUAGUAGUAGUAGUAGUACCCCGCUCAUUUGGUCACACAUUAAAAUCUUCCCUAAACAGGGCUGCCUUCAGAUGUCUUCUAAAAGUCUGGUAGUUGUUGUUCUCUUUGACAUCUGGUGGGAGGGUGUUCCACAGGGCGGCUGCCACUACCGAGAAGGCCCUCUGCCUGGUUCCCUGUAGCUUUGCUUCUCGCAGUGAGGGAACCGCCAGAAGGCCCUUGGUGCUGGAUCUCAGUGUCCGGGCAGAACAAUGGGGGUGGAGACGCUCCUCAAAUAAAUGAAAACUAGAAAUUCAGUUCUUCCUUGACAGAUAGUUUUGCUGUCUUCUGACUCCUAUAAAAUUCUGGAUAGUUCUAAGAGUAGUCCAGUAGCAUAAGAUUUUGCAACAUCAGACUAGCAAGUUUGGGGGGUUUUUUAAUCAACUGCAGCUGUUACUUUUUUGUGGUUUCUUCAAAAGAGAAGCAAUGUUGGCAAUUAAAACAAGUUACGGUAUAAUUUAUCAUCACUGAAUAGUUCAAAAGAUUCAUUGGAAAUGUGUGUUCGACAGAAUGAAACUUGGUGCUCUUUGUUUUUAUGUUGACUGUAUUCCUAAUAUAAAAAGUGGUCUUAUUUCAACAGAGAAGCCUAAAAUCCUGUGAGUGUCAUAAACCCUUUUCACUUUAUGUGGUAAUUGCAUCCUCAUAUGGGUAAACAAGGAUGGAAUGUUAUAUUUUAAAAUACAGUGGCCUUAAUUUAAAACGGUUUUUAGCAAUCACUAAAUUGGUUCCCUCUGCAUUCUAUAGAGGUAACCAAUAAAUAGUACUUUUGUACACAGAAUCUUUUAUCUCAUAGUUUGCACUGGAAAUUGAUGAAAACAAGAUAAAAUGAAGCAAAAGCACAUGAAUCAUUUUUAGUGGAGGUCUUCGUAAAUGAGCCAUGUUUCUAGGCUUCCAAUAUUCAUAGAAUCAUAGAGUUGGAAGGAAUCGUGAGUAUCAUUUCUUCCCGACACCCUGCAAAGCAAGAGUCUUUCUCCCAAGCCCAUUUCUUUAACUCCUUCAGCAGACCCUAGGAAUGCCAGGGGCUUCAAAAUGUAAGCUGUUGGAAGUGUCCCCUAAAGCAGGGAUGUCCAACAGGUUGACCGCGAUCUACUUGUAGAUCCCUGGGAGUGUUUGUAGAUCGCGGUCGAUCGCUGAGUCCCUUUCCUUAGCGUUGGUAAAAUCAAAUCCAGCCCCGCCCCCUCACCCCUCCCUCCAGAACGGAAGACGGUGUUUACUCAGUGAGGCUCAUUUGUUGGUGAGUGGCUGUUCCCUUUGACCUGAACUCCCAAAAAACAGGGGUCACUGCCAGUGACCAGAUUACUGCUAGAUCACUGCCAGUUUUUAAUUCUGUAAGUAGAUUGCAGUCUCUUGGGAGUUGGUCACCCCUGCCCUAAAGCAUCUAAAUGCAAGGAUCACGGAGGGAGGGAAAUCUGUGACUUCUGUGGUUAAGCACUCUAAAACAUUCACAGUGCAAUCCAAUCCAUUUAAUAGAGCUUAUUCCCAGGUAAAUAUAGAUAAGAAUGCAGCCGUCAGGGCCGGCAUGUCCCCUUGAGCCUCUUGAGGUGAAACGGGAAGUGCCACCCUGCUGGUGGAGAAGCACUGCCAGCAUCAACACUGAUUUCUGGCAAGGUUCUGUGGGCAGGGUGCCCCCCGGGGUGCAGCCACAAGGGUUUCUGCCAACCAAGGUGGUUGCUUCACACACACACACACACACACACACACACACCCAUGGUGGGCCUGGCCUGGCAAGCCUUCGUGCUGUACUUUGCUAAACUGAGCUUCAUUAGGAUUAUCCUUAGAGCCCAUAUAAAUGAAAUUCUACUUUAUGUUAUCUAAUUACACAUUGUUAUUAAUUUAUUAUAUUUGUUAACUGCCCUUCACCUUAAGUUCCCAGAAUUACAUCUUUUUUUUUAAAAAAAAGACCACAACAAGACAAUAAAAACCAUCUCAAAAUACUACACCAUGGAAGCACUCUGUUACAUUGGAUAGUGGGGUCAUGGGUUCGAGCCCCACGUUGGGUAAAAGAUUCCUGCAUUGCAGGGAUUGGACCAGAUGACUCUUGUGUUCCCUUCCAACUCUACUGUUCUAUGAUUCUAUGAUUUAAGAAACACUAUUUUGCCCAUUAACAAUCAGUCAUUGCUUCUGAAAAGGUCUGGACCUUUGUUUACAGUCUGAUCCUAUGCAUUUUUAGUUGGAAGUAAAUCCCCAUUUUGCUUAAUAGGACUUGCAUCCAAAUAAGUGUUCAUAGGAUCCAGAAAUCUGUCUCUGUUCUCUCAGAAGAUAGAAUUCUGCAGUGCUAAUAUAUGUUGAUUGUAUAGCCAGAGUUUUGUAAUUUUGCUUUAGGUUAUAUAAAUUCCAGAUAGUGGUAAACAAUUACAUUUCCCUUCUUAAUAUCACCAAACAACAUGCAUGAUAUUGUUCUUUCAGGUAAUAUAUGCAUUUCAGAAUUAUUUAAAUUGAGUUUCCCAAUUGAAAUCAGUUGCCUCAGUGAUUUAUACAUUGCCAUGAUUUAAACCAUUCCAGCCUGAUCUUCUCUUGCACUCAGCAAAUUGCAGUUCCUGACACCAUGAAAAGGUUGAGUUAGACUUCCAGUACAUGUUGUUUUGCCCGUCUUGUUUAAAAUAAAUAGGUAGGCUUUUUGUUUUUGUUUAAUUCUCUUUGUUUAAGCCAAAAGCUGCAUACAGGUGCACAUUUCCAUUUUGUUUUCCAUAUUUUUUUAUCAUUGGCCAUGAGUAUAUUUUGCAUGUCUCUCUGUUAUUGAGUUCAAAGUUGGUUGAGGUUAAUACACCUCCUUAGGAAAGCUCACCUAACCGCUGCACCCAGACAGUCUCCCCACCCCCACAGCUUAGCAUGCAGUGUUUAAAAUGUUUUCUGGCUUCAUCUCAUACCUAUUACCAUUUUCCUAGUAGGUGGUCCGUGCAAUUCAGCUCUGUAGCUUAAUGGAUUUCAGCAAUGCUCUUUUCAUAAAACAUCACUGUGAAAGCAGCAGAUAGCAUUAGCUCAUCUGAUUUAUGGAAUACCAUGUGGUGACCUUUUGGAGGAAGGUCCCAGUUAAAUUUAGUUUGCAUACUAAAUGCCACAGCUAUAUGGAAGAAUGAAUGGUGAGGAUGCAACCAGGUGACCUCCCCCCCCCUCCAAUUCAAAGAUCAGGAAGCAAGUCAGUCAUGCUCAAUUGUAGUCUCUUAUGCAGGCAAUAUGCAUAACCUUUGCUGGUUUGGAAAGCCUGUGUUUUGUUCACCUUGCCAUACCUGCAGAAUGUUAGGGUCUCUUAAUGUUGGAUGACAUUGGCGUUGUGUAUGAGUCACCCUGUCUGUAAUAAUAGUUGUCAACAGCACACAGUGUCUUACAUCCUCCCCUGUUAAUUAGAGAAAGGUGGUUCUCCCUGCCUAACCCCAGAUGUAGGAAUACCAAUUGCGCUUGAAGCUUUGUACUUGCUUUGUUGCAGAAUUUUAUCACUUAAGUAUUAAAGCACUGCAUUAAAAUGCAGAGAUUUAACUGGGAAAGGAAGGAGCAGAUGGUGAGGUUUGGCUUUCUUUAAAUGUUUGUAAGAAAAUGAUUAAUUUUAAUACUAAUCAAAAGAAGUUAUUUGGAGAUUUUAGAGAUUUUUCAUUCUAAUAGAUGCAUGCGCUGGUAAGAGAAUGAGAUACAUUUUUUAACUUUCAUAAAGCGAUUGUGUGAUCUAUUCUAUGCAGUUUUCAUCAUCUUUUCUAUUGUAUCCACAUGUUAUCAGCCAGGAAUUAGAUCCCACCCAUUAACAAAAUAGCACUGUGCGGUCGUAUCCUCCCUCUUAUCAUAUUGUUAUUCCAUUUCAUUGGGGGAGAGCCAGAAAAAUUCAAUAUUUUGGCCUCCAGUGAAUUUUUAAGUCUGGUUAUGUCUUUUCUUCCCCCUGACUGCCUUGAUUAGAGGACCUCUGGGGUCGGCCAGUUAUGCUAAAUGUUUCCUUGUGACCUCAGGAAUCCAUUGCUUUUUUUUAAAGUGAAGAGCUUUAAGUAAUGUUUCAAAAUAGGAGCAGUGUAACAUCAACAGACAAGAUCCCAAAUAAUGUACCAUAUGCAACUUGCCUGUGAUUUAAUACAGAGGCAUGCAGGAGGGGUUUGAAUUGGAAAGCUGAAUUAUUAUUUUCUGUGCUCCAUCAAGAUUUCCUUAAAAUGUCACUACAACUUCCUGCAUGGGGAUGUAAGUGCUGAUAUGCACUCAUAUAUUUCUUGAUGCCUUAUCUGUAUUUAGCAGGUCAUUAUUGGCCCCAAUUUUUCACUCUGCGCAUUGUUAGCUGGAUCCAGUGUAACCACUUCCACCGCUAUGGUGUUUCCAGGCCCAACAUGCUGUCACAAUUUGCUGUCCAGUUUGAGGUAGAACUGGAAAGUGAACUGGAAACAACCUGGGGGGCUGUGUGACAAGCUGAUCAGGCUUGAGAUGCACCCAGCCAGGUUUCUUUCUUUGCAAGGGGACCACAAGGGUCCCUCACAGCAAGACGUGAAGCUACAGGGAACCAGACAGAAGACCUUUUCAGUAGUCGCCUCCACCCUGUGGACUGCCCACCCAGCAGAUGUCAAAGAGUUAGACAGCUACGGUAUAUAGUUUUUCAUAGGCAUCUGAAAGCAGCCCUGUUUCAGGAAGCUUUCAGUGGUGGUGAUGCUGCUGCUGCUGCUGCUGCUGCUGCUGCUGCUGCUUGUUUUUCCUGUAAUUUUGUUGGAAGCCGCCCAAAGUGGCCAGAGCAACCCAGUCAGGGCAGAGUAUAAGAAUUUCUCCUAAUACUAAUGCUACUAAUAAUAAUACCAGGACAAACAAGCAGAUCAGAAAGGUCAAAGCUUUAUUUCCUAACCAAAUGUGUGUUUUCCCUUGUAGAGAGGGAAAAGGGAGCCUAGAAGAUGGAGUGAAGGAAUUACCCUAUCUAGCACACUAACUUUAAUCCAUGUACAUACCAAGGAUUGGCAGUGGGGGUGUGUGUGAGAUGCUCCCACAAAUGAAAGACCUGGGCUAGGGAGCCAUGUUAGAAGCAAAAUAAAAGAAUCCUGUGGGAUUGUAAAAACAGAAUUUCCUUUUGCCAAAAUCCACGCUUGUAUUGUCUCAAUACUUUCCUUUUGACAAGCACAGGAACACCUGUUCUAUACGCCCAGAGUCUCCACACAUUAAAAUCCAGAUUGCCAGCUUGCUUGUUUGCUAGCCCAAACCUGUUGCUUCUCUUCCUAGCCCCACUGUAGUGUCCUGUGUCAACGCUACAAGUUGGUGGUUGGGGAGGGCACACAACCUCAAGCACUCCAGUUCAUUUUGCAUCUUUGAGAGCCUCUUCUUCUUUUAGUGACCACAGAGAUUAAAUUUGUGGAAGCUCAGAGAUGUACCCACUGGAAUAGAAUUACGUACCUUAUUCAUGGUUAUGGAAAGAAGAUCGUUCUGCACCUACUUGUAUGUAAAAUGCUAUAUUGUUAAACUCUGUGUGCCCUGGAUAGUAUUUGCACUAAAUUCAAAUCAGAAGCCUUGAAGCAAUCAGUGAAAUGCAGCUACAUUUCUCUGGAUGCAUACAAAAUUACAGUCUUUUUAAAAUUCAGUUGCAUUAUUAGGAAUUCAUGGUCCAGCUAUCUACAAGGGAUUAUUAUUCUCAGCUUGCCGACAUACUUAUCUGUAACAGAUCCCACAACACCCUUGAAAGUACUUCAUCUGUAUGUUGCAGUGACACCUCUGGUCUAUUAAAUUCAUUUUUAGCAAGGGAGCCUUUAAUCUCCAUUUGCUUGCAUGUGUCGCAAUGUAUUAACUGCAGAAGAGGCAAAAUACAGUUGCUACUUGGUUUUGCAAACUGCAUUGUUAGUUUUGUAAUAGUCCAUCCAUUGCUCCAAUGUUAUUUUCCUAAAGCUGUUUUUAGUUACCCAGACCAAAAUUUCAUCUGAGGAGCCAGAUGAUGUGGCAUUUAAGCUGGCUAAAUCUAAGUAAAUUCCUUGUGUAGCUAAAUAACAUCACAGUAUUGAAACUUAAUAUAAAUUGAUUAGACAGCACAUAAUUCAUGGCGCUGUUUUCCCUAACUACUUGCUUUACAGUGUUAAAAGCAGGAUCUGUUCCUUACCGUUUACAUUUUUGUGACCACAGAGAGGUAGGAAAGAAACCAAAUCUUAUGCAAGAUAUAGGGUGCAAAUAUUGAAUUUAACAUAUAUCGUGCCUGGGUGAGGAUUGAACAGGUUUAUGCAUUACAAGAAAACAGCCUAAAACGAAUACUCAGUUUGAACCCAGGAAGGCUGAAGCAGGACUACUCCAAAUGAGGAACCAGGACUUACCCAGUAGCCAUUCCAUGAGUUCAUAGCACCCAUUCUAUCAUACUUCCUAAGAAUGUUCCCUUAUACAUGUGAUACCCCAGUUUGCCUUAUUUUCAUCCUGAAAGUUUAUUCAGCACAUGUUGUUCAUGUUUCCAUAUAUUUUUCUGGUGCAUAGGCUUGAUGCUCUAGUUCUUGGCAACUUCACCACCAAUUUACUACAUUGUUUUGGUCUUGGAUUGUGUUUUAUAUGCAUGCUUCUUUCUGGCAACUUCUGCAGCCAAGCUGGUUCAAAAUGUAUUGCUUUGUUUUCCCAUGGACCACAUCAGUGAAGCUGUUGUUGUUUGGUCGUUUAGUCGUGUCCGACUCUUUGUGACCCCAUGGACCAGAGCAUGCCAGGCACUCCUGUCUUCCACUGCCUCCCGCAGUUUGGUCAGACUCAUGUUUGUAGCUUCGAGAACACUGUCCAACCAUCUCGUCCUCUGUCGUCCCCUUCUCCUUGUGCCCUCAAUCUUUCCCAACAUCAGGGUCUUUUCCAGGGAGUCUUCUCUUCUCAUGAGGUGGCCAAAGUAUUGGAGCCUCAGCUUCAGGAUCUGUCCUUCCAGUGACCACUCAGGGCUGAUUUCCUUAAGAAUGGAGAGGUUUGAUCUUCUUGCAGUCCAUGGGACUCUCAAGAGUCUCCUCCAGCACCAUAAUUCAAAAGCAUCAAUUCAGCGAGGCUGAGAGGGAGGUCUUUUCUGGGCAGCCCAGGACCUCCAUAUUCACUGCUCACGCUUCCGCCUCAAAGAGUUCACUUUGGUUCUGCAGAGAUCCUUGGUUCCCAACAAUGCAAAAGGGAGGAAUUUUGUCAUGAGGGAGGAAUUGAAGCCAGCUUUCAGCACUUCUCUUGGGAUUCCGUCCUUUCCUGGGGCUUUACCACAUGCCUGAGAGUUGAUGGCGUUCUUCAGCUUAUCAAAGAGGGGGGGACAUCCAGCUCUUCCAAGGCAGGCAGACUCUGUUGAUUGCUGUGUCAAGGACCAUGUUUCCCUGCAAGUACAGUUCUUGUUAGUGCUCUGCACAUUGCUUCAUCUGCUUGCUGUGGUCUGUGAUUAUCCCUCCCGACAAGCUUUUCAGCAAUGCAGUUUUCCUGACUGUUGAUCCUUUCCUCAUGCCUUGGUACAUUUUGCGAGUGUUGCCAGUGACAGCAGCAAGUUGAAUGCUCUGACACAGCUUUAGCUAGUAGUCAUUGACACAGCAGUCUGGCAAUCAGUGGGGUAUCAGUCCUUACCUUUCUCAGUGUAGCAAGUGUCUUCUUGGGAGUCUAGAGUGUCAACUGCUCAAAGUAUCCUUCCUUCACUCAUGUCUUCCUCCAUGGGGUCCCUAUUUUGAAAUCGUAGGUGUUAGAUACAAGCCAGCAACUGAUGUUUGUGGGGUUUUCUGAUGUACGUAAAGGGCCUAAUACCCCCUACUAAGUUACCUAUUUCUGUGAGUGGCACUCUGAUCCAAACAAUUAAAUCACUGUUUUCUCUAUAAAAACAGCGAAUCACCAAUUUUUGAAAUAUGGCAAAGAAGAUCCUUUAAAGUAUUGUUUAAAAUGACCCUGUUAUAUAGGUGGAUUGGUCUGUUUUGAGGCUGGGAAUCAAAAUAAGGCUUAUCCACACUCUGCAGUUGAGCUGUAACCAUAGAUACGGUACAGUAUACUGGUGUCGGAUGAAUGAAUAUAAUCAGUCUGCUGCUAUAAUUUAUUAGCUAUCUUCUCUGAUCAGAUAGCUGAUUAAUGACUAGCAAAAAUGUGUGAUUGCCUUCAUGAGGUGGAUGUUUGUUUAUGGCAAUAAAGAUAUUUAAAGUUACACAGCACGCACAAGAAUAUUUCAGCUGAAUCUGUUGAGGCUAUAUAUAUAUUAAGAAUUGUGGUUCAUGCAUUCCUUUUAAAAGUGUUUAGGCCUGAAUUAUAAUCUUGUAAUAGUGUUGGUGAUAUCUGCUGUGUGUGUUUUUUUUACUUCUGAAAGUCACCUUGCUAUCUUUAGACAUAUAUAUUUGAAAGCCAGUUGAUGGUGUACUCAAAAUACAUAACGCUGGUACAGCAAAUCUUAGGCCAGGAUCCAUGCAACCAUGAUCUGUAUUGGGACCUGUGCUUUUCAACUUGCUCAUAAAUUACGUAGAGCUAGAGGUGAGCAGUGAGGUGGUCAAGUUUGCUGAUGACACCAAAUUGUUUAGGGUGGUUAAAACAAAAAUGCAAUGCAUAGCAGCUCCGAAAGGAUCUCUCUAAACACUGCAAAUGGGCAUUAAAAUGGCAGGUGCAAGUGAAUGCAAACAAAUGUAAAUUAAUGCACAUUAGGGCAAAAUGCUCAUUUAUACACAUGGGGUUUGAACUGGUAGUGAAUGGCUUGUAUCCAAAGCAGCACUAAGGAUUUCCACUUGGACAAUGGAACUUUCCCCCCUCUCCUCCUCCCAUGGAUGUGCCCCUAAAUAUGAGGGUCUGUAGGGAAUGAGUUGCCUUUCACAUAUUUGGGGCCUAAGUUGAUUAGGGCUUUAAACACUAAUGUAAGCACCUUGAAUUGUGCCUGGAAACAAACUGGCAGCCACAGCAGCUGUUUUAACAUGGUAUUAUAUGAUUUCUGAAUAGAACCCCAGCCAGUAAUCUGGCUAUUGAAUUUGGACAAGUUGAAGCAUUGCAAUAUUUUAAUCUAGGUGCUAACAGAGUAUGGAGUACAGUGGCCAAGUCUAAAAGUGGCCGGCAUGAAUUGGAAAUAUGUGCUCCCAGCCACUAAGGCCACCUGAUCCUUCAGUGACAACUCCCAAGGUACAGACCUGUUUUUUCCAGAAAAAUGCAGCCCUGUGUGGAACAGGCUAUCUUCCCACCUCCUGGAACUUGGAACACAUGGCACCUCUUGCUUUUCUUCAAUUCACCUUCGAUUUACACACUUGAACACUAAGCAGCCCUAUUCAGAAGUAAAGUUUGUGUGUUUCAACAAAUUAGCAGGGAGUGGAGCAGAGCCUCACCAACUAGCCCGACUUUCAGUCAUGCAUGCUGCUUUGACCCACUCCUAGCACCACAUUAGUGGGUGAUAAUGCCUUUGUGUAUACUUCUGAAUAGGGCUUCACAGUGGUGAAGUGAGAAAUGCUGACAGAAUCAAAAAGUCAUUUUCAGGUAAUAAAUGGGAACAAUCUCCUUGUCCCCUCAUGGAUGAACAUAGGCAUCAAGUCUCAGCUUGAAGUUGGGAUCUUGAUCCUCAGCACCUCUAUAAAUACACUUCAUGUAUUCAUGAAGCCUCCCUCACUGCAAACGUUUAUACCAAACACAUAGGCAUUCGACAGUGGGCAAGUCAGUGUGCGUAAAGUCAGAGGUGGGGCUCGUUGGCGCAGCCCCACUCACACCUUGAAUCAAUGUAUGAGAAUUACUUCUGAAUGGGACUAGUGUGUCCAUAACAAAAACCACAUUCUCUAAAAUUGUAAAAUCGAAACACUCCUGUCUUUAUUAGCUAGUGCAGCAGCCAACUUUGAGUAGGAACAUGAGAUAGCAUCACCAAGUAGAACUAGUAUGAUUAUAAAGUUGAGGAUAUGUGAAACAUGGGAAUCUAAGAAAAUGAGAGAGGUGUGCUUUGUUAAGUGAAAUUUUAAUGUGGAGUCCAUCAGUGGUUUAUGUGAUAGGCCGUGAUAGCUGUGUUUCUCUUCUGUUAUCUCCUGUUGCUAUUGCCUCCUUUGCUGACCACUGAGACUACAAGCUCUUCAGCUUUGGCUGUCUUUCUGUGUAAGAAGUGGUUUAUUUCAUAGAUUUUUAUGGCAUGUUGACAUUUACAAUACCAUCCCAUUCAUUUUUCCAGUGUAUUGUGUCCAUUGGGACUUACUUCCUUGUUUGAGUGCUUAGAAUAGCAGCCUUAAGAGCUGUGCUGUUGUAGUUUUGUUUCAGUCCUAGACAGAAUCGUAAAUACUGGUAAACUUCCAUUUAUAUACAUAGUGUUUUGUAUUCUCAGGCUCUUGCAGACCAAUUUGAAGACAAGAAAACAUCAAUUUGUGAACGUAUGAAACUAUUUUACAGUUGCCAAGUUCCUCCACAUUGGGCUAUCCAGGUACAGAAUAACUGGUGCAUAAUGUUUUAGUUAGAAUUCACAUUACAUUUGAUUUUUAAGCAUUUAAUUUUUGAAAUGUCCCAGCUGAGAUAUUGCACUGGGGAAAUGAUUGCUUGUUUUGUUAACAUGAAGAAUGUUACAGAUUUCUCUCCGUUUUAAAUAUAUUUUCCCCAGCUUUUGAUUUCUCCUCCAGUAUUAAAUUGUUUGUUAACAGUCUCUUCUCCCUCCCCAAACAAACAUAAUGAUUUAGCUUAAAGAAUAAUACUUUCAUAAAUGUUCAAUAAGUCAUGAUCCAGGAAAAAAAUUAAACUGUCUCUCCACCCCCCUUUUAAACUGUCUUAACAUAUUAUCAGUGGGGACACACAUAACCACAAAUUUAGAGCUUUAAAAUCCAGCUUAAUAGUUAAGAUAAUGUGGUCAAAAGACUGCUUUCAACUUCUAACUUAGAUUUGCAAUCUGUUUGUAUUUCUCUGACACAUUUUAACAUUUUCCCCUAGGAUUUUCCCCCUUUUAAUUUUUUUUAACCUUCCAGUUCACAAAAAAACCAGUGUGGUUUUAAUUUCUAGCUUUUCUGGCCAAACCAAUAUUCCAAGUCCUACUGAGAGGUAUACUGGUGAUUUAUUAUUUACAGUGGUUGCAAUAUUUUCUUAAGUAGCACUGCCCAUUUCAUACAUUUCUCCCAUACUUAACCUAAGAACUAUUGCAUGUAAAUCAUACCUAUGUCAGGAAUCGUAACUCCUCCAGCCUGGCCUUCUGUAGAAUGCACGGUCACCUGAGGCCACAAGCUGCUUUCCUCUCUUUCACUCCCAGAAACCCGUGUAAAAGGAAACGGGAAGAGACUUGUGAUGCAUUUCUCAUCAGUUCACGCUUAGGGGCUCUUUGGUUGCGUUCCAACAUCUCACCCAUUCUUUUGUUUGUUUCUAUGUCCCUGAAUCCUAUUUGCUUUUCCUUGAUCCUGGUUAAGUCCCCAGUCAACUUUGUUGCUUCUCAGUGUCAGCGGGAGGUAGGUUAAAUGAAAGUGGCUGAUCUACAAGGUAGUAGGUAACAUGCUGAUAGAAUUCCCAGCAGUCAGUGUUACACCUUAACCCAACUGCAUACGGAGAAGUGUCAGUAUGACCCAGACUCAAGGCAGAGGAAGUCAACAAUGGCCAGCCACAGUCUCAACUAGGAACAGUUGCUGGUCAUCUGUGCAGCAACUUGGCUCUUAGGGACAUUUCUCCAUGCAGUUCCAUUAUCAAAGCACAGUCUAGAGGUGGGGAACCUGUGGCCCUACAGAUGUUACUGAACUGUGCCUCCCAUCAUUCCUGGCAGUUGGCCAUGCUGGCUGCAGCAGAUGGGAGUUGUAGCCCACAUCUGGUAGCUCCAUCAUCCCUGACCACUGGUCCUGCUAGCUAGGGAUGAUGGGUGUUGUAGUCCAAAAACAGCUGGAGACCAAAGUUUGGGAAACGCAGGUCUAGAGAAAUACUGUAGAGGGGAGGGAGUUGCUGGCUGUGUUUAUGAUUUAGUUCUUAGUGAAUUAAGAUUGUAAGACCUGUGCCUAAUCUCUGCUUGUGUUGAUUUUAAAAGAUUAUCAGUGCUAACUCAGUAGAUUUCUAUGCUUGAUUUCUUUAGCUAUCAUAUAUUAUUUUUUAUUUUUUAGAAUUCCCAUGCCCUUCUAAGCUCAACUUGAAACACUUUAAAUUAUUUUCCACCUUACAUAUAUUAUGCUAAAUGGUUUUACUAGAGGGAAAUUCUGGAUUUGAAUUUUUCAAUAUCUUCCUUUGCAGCGGCAGCUUGCAAGCUUACUAUUUGACCUUGGAUGUACCAGUUCAGCUCUGCAGAUCUUUGAAAAGCUUGAAAUGUGGGAGGAUGUAGUUAUCUGCUAUGAAAGAGCAGGACAGCAUGGAAAGGUAGAGUACAUCUACUUAUUUUCACUGUGUUUAUACAUAAUGUACCCCAGAGUUGCAUACAUGCACAAGUACAUGUACAUCAGCGCCCUGCAGGAAGCAACUUCCUUUCACUGGAACAUAUGGUAAGGGUCAUUAUGAGAAGGAAAACUGUUUCCCAUAAAUUUUUAUAAAAUUAUUCAGAACAGUAUUUAUGUACUACUACAAAGACUAAUGUGAUGGACUUGCAUGAAAGGUCUUCCCUAGAAUCCCAGAAUUGAAAAGUACCAGAAGAUCAUGGAGUGCAACUACUAAGUUGAGCCAAGAUCUGUACCACAAUGUUCUUGUAAACAGAGAGCAGGAGUGAAUGAGUGGGAGGCAAUUCCAGAUAGCUGAAGCAAAUGAGCCAGGUCGGAUGAUAUUUGUCAUUGCGAAAACUCAUUGUAAAAACUCUACAAAAUGACAGAGAGGCGAAGGACUUCCUUCUGGUCUCUCUGAUUAGAGGUUUGGGGGCUCCUGACUUUCUUGCCUGUGACCUUCUUUCUCUCAUGCUUUCCUCUCCUCUUCCUUCCUCCCAUGGUCCCAGGGCUACUGUUAAGAUCCUCCUUAGAAAUUGAAAGAGUGCUUAGUACCAAAGCCAUCCAUGUCUUCCCACUUCUGCAAGUAUCCCCUUCCCACAGGGUCAAGUCUGGCAUACAAAAGGAACUGGCUGAGGCGGCAAGGCUAAUCUAACCUCCAACAACACAAGAAUUGCCUAUGAAAACAACAGAAUGAGGUGGCAGAGAACUGAGGUGAAGAACUGAACAGGCCGUUCCAUUUCAGACCACCACUGGUAGAGGGUAAAAAUAAAAAUAAAAAAAUCCAUGCCAAUAAUAAACUAGCACAAAGGGAGGGAGCUGUAUUGCAAUAUGUCCCCUUCAUGUAUUUGCUGGCACCUUACAUAGAAGAGCAUUUUUAAAAAUGGCACCCCAAGGGCUAGUUCAUUCUUCCACCUCAGAAUUCUGCAACCUCAAUCUUGAUGUCUACAUCAGCCGUUUGUUCAUAGAAAAAGACAAAUGGGGAAAUGCUGAAGGGAAAGAGAGUGGGUAAGAUUGGGGAUAAGAGUGGAAAUGAAGUAGAGAUCUUGCGCCUACAGGAACCUGCAGUGUUGGCGCAGGUUUGAAGAGUGCCUUGAAGCAGUCUCCUGGGCAGAAGGCUGAACGAAGUGGGAACUGAAAGGUGCCCUGUUAUAGGAAAGGGGCUGCCUAAUGGCUGUGAUCUCAUUAAGGACAGGACUGGAAUGCAAGGGUCAUUGCAUGGCAAAGAAUACCAGUAGUAUGAUGUCAUUAAACACCACAGUAUGAAUCCCCACCAAGUUGUGUCUGGGAGAUACACAAAGGAUCUCUGACCAAUCAGAACUUGCAGCCAGAUAAAUGAGGUGUGGGGAAAGGGUAAGGCAUUUCCCAGGCAAUUUAGGAAUGAUCCACUUACCCCACUGGAAGAUGCUUGCUAAAAGGAUACCCAUUGCCUUAGUGCUUUUGUUGUUUUGUUGUUUAGUCAUUUAGUCGUGUCCGACUCUUCGUGACCCCCUGGACCAGAGCACGCCAGGCACUCCUGUCUUCCACUGCCUCCCGCUGUUUGGUCAAACUCAUGCUGGUUGCUUCAAGAACACUGUCCAACCAUCUCGUCCUCUGUCGUCCCCUUCUCCUUGUGCCCUCAAUCUUUCCCAACAUCAGGGUCUUUUCCAGGGAGUCUUCUGUCCUCAUGAGGUGGCCAAAGUAUUGGAGCCUCAGCUUCAGGAUCUGUCCUUCCAGUGAGCACUCAGGGCUGAUUUCCUUCAGAAUGGAUAGGUUUGAUCUUCUUGCAGUCUAUGGGACUCUCAAGAGUCUCCUCCAGCACCAUAAUUCGAAAGCAUCAAUUCUUCGGCGAUCAGCCUUCUUGAUGGUCCAGCUCUCACUGGGAAAGCCUUAGCGCUUAAUUAGUGCUAAAUAAGGGUAACUGUCUGCACUAGAUAUGACAGAGGGACUAAUUAAGCUUGGCCAUAUCGUCAUUAUGCACACUGGUUACUGCGAGGAAAUUUUCCUGCACAUCGACUACUAUGGAAAGGUUAUUUGGCAGGAAUCACUAGAACUUUUCCUGAUAGAAAUAUACUUAGCUUGAAUGGCCACAGCUUCCUCUGAUUGAUUUUCAAGUGGUGUUUCACUUGCUGCUCACAGCAGAGCCAAAACAGACAAACAUUUCUGGGAUGCAUGCAGAGUUCCAACUGAACCAAGCUUUCCUGUAACAAAGUUGUCUCUAAUGCAUGAAUUCCGCAAACCUUUACACAGUGGCCCGCUAGCUUCUUAAGCACAAUGUUUCUCUCACUGCCACUUUCCAACCAGCUAGUCUAUACUGUGCUGAGUAGCACUUAGGGCAUCUUGGAAACCCACUAUGUUGCAUUCUUAGUCUCUGGAUUUUCUGUAUGGGGGCAAAGAAGUCUGGGGAAACAGAACCUUAAAAUUUAUAGUUACAGGUAGGUAGCCGUGUUGGUCUGUCGUAGUCGAAACAAAAUAAAACAAAUCCUUCCAGUAGCACCUUAGAGACCAACUAAGUUUGUUAUUGGUAUGAGCUUUCGUGUGCAUGCACACUUCUUCAGAUACACAGAAGCUCAUACCAAUAACAAACUUAGUUGGUCUCUAAGGUGCUAUUGGAAGGAUUUGUUUAAUUUUGCUUAAAAUUUAUGUUGAUGUUGUUGCAUGGAUUUUAGCUCAUCUCUCUUCACACACACACACACACACACACACACACACACACACCACAUAUGAGGAGGAGGUUGUCCAUGAAUUUUGGCCCAGAAAUAGCAAUCCUGCUCUGUAAAACAUCACAGAAAAGCGUUUCUUAGUGUGAAUUCCAAAAAAAUGCAUGAGCUUGGAAACCAGACAGGAUGUUCUGGGGAAACCAUCCAGUGUCUACAUUUAUUAAUUGCCAUCUGUAUCCACAUAUUUGCUUCCCUAACAGCUGGAUAUGUAGACAGACUAGUGUGUAUUUUAAUUUUUCAGACAUUGGGUCUCUCAGACAUCUUGUUGGUUCUGUGUCUUGACAAAUGUCCAGUAUACCCAGCAUACUGUGUCUAGUGUUUGCAAUUUCUGAUGCUCUAGAGAGCGUGUGUGUGUGGAGGGUCAUUCUUUUAUAAGCUAAUAAUUACAUAUUUUCAUGAAUUUUCUUACAUCUUGUGUCACAAAGGCAAUAGCAGUUCUUCAACAAAACUAUUUAAAAAGAAGUUAUACUUGCAGAGACUAGAACAUUAGACACUGUUAUGAUUAUCAUUUUUCAGAAAUACAUAUUCCACUAUCUUCACUUCAACUUCCCCUGCCCAUAGAUAUUUAGUUGCAUAGAUGCAGAGGCUGCAGUUAAACAAUAGAUUGAAGGAUUUUGGAUGGAAAUCUCUAACAGUGCAAUCCUAACCCUAUAUACUCAGAAAUACCCUACUGGAUUCAAUGGGGCUUACUCCCAGGUAAAUGGUAUUAGGAUUGCAGCCCAAACUUGUGAUAUAAAUAAUGUGGAAAUUCUCCCAUGCUUUGCAUACUAUUCUGAGUAAAUAUCUAAAUCUGGUAAUUACAAAAUGAACAAGUAUGUGUCUUGGUGCCAAAUUCUGUUGGGCUCCUUGCUUGUGCCAGACCAAUAUGAGAAUCCUAUCAAGAAUAAAAGUUUAGGCCAACAUUUUCCAUUUGUGUCAAGAGAUAGGAAAACAGUAUUUAGAGAGUGGAUAAGGAAGGCAUCUGGAUUAAAAUAUUUCAUAAUUGGCAAUUGCGUAAUUUUUGAAAAUACUUUCAACUAAUUGUGCGAUAAGACUUUAGAAUGCUGGAAACAAGUCUUCAAGUUCUGUGUGAAACACAACUGGGAGCUCUUUAUCUGUAAGCUUUAAUUUGUGCUUAGAGGGACACGGGUGGCGCUGUGGUCUAAACCACAGAGACUAGGGCUUGCCGAUCAGAAGCUCGGUGGUUCGAAUCCCCGCAACGGGGUGAGCUCUCAUUGCUUGGUCCCAGCUCCUGCCCACCUAGCAGUUUGAAAGCACCUCAAAGUGCAAGUAGAUAAGCUGUACACUGGCUUCCUCGGCCAAUAAAGCAAGAUGAGCACCGCAACCCCAGAGUCAUCUGCGACAGGACCUAACGGUCAGGGGCCCUUUUACCUUUAAUUUGUGCUUAGUCAGAAGAGCUUUUUGAAAUGAAGAGCUUCUGUUAAAGUUCAUUAUUUUCCUUUUAAAAAUCAAACAGAUAGUUAUCACCAUUAUGUAAAGUUGUGAUUCUUCUAUAAAUUGUUUUUUCAGCGGUCAGAGUAGUAUUUUAUUUUGUUUUUAUUUGUUUUAUUUAUUAGUCACUUCUUUCAAAAAUGAACUCAAAACAACUUAUGAAAACAACUUUCUAUAAAAAGCAGCAUGUCACUAAGCAGGAAAAAAAACAAGAGGGAAAUAUUUGGAUAUGAUCAGUACAUGACCAGGGUAGGAUUCCAGCAUUGUUUCCUUGGAAUAAUUUGGUGGCCAGGAGAUUACAAAAAGUCAGUAAUGUAUACAUAGUAGGCAACAUGCAUUUAUUACUGAUACUGUUUGGUAGGGAGAAGGUAGGUACUUUGGGAUCUGCUGGUGGACCUCUGGGUGAUUUGCAGUAGAUCAGCAAGGGUUUCUGACUUCCAAUGGUUUAAUAAUAGCAACAGCAAAAUUACUUUUUCCAAGUAAAUUAGUCUUCUGAAAUGAAGAAAGCUAAGCAGGAGUCAGCUUUUGUGUGAGAGGUCUCUGAGUUCAGCUCAGAUCUGGUAACUGAAAACAAUCGUGUCUUGAGCUGCACAGCAACCAUCCAGUUAACAUUCCUCAAAAGUAGAUAUUUAUGAUCAACCGUGGCAUGGGUGUUAAAAUCUUUUAGGAGCUUUCUCCUAAUUGCCUCUCACAAGGAGGCAUUAAUUACUUCCUGGACUCUGCUUGUCAUUCUAGUGCUGCUGAAUAUUAGAAGACAAAAAGGGCAAGGGUUAUGCAAAUGAGUGAUAGCCUCACCCCACCAAGAUCUCAUCUACAUCAUCAGGCCUCCACGAGUGGAACUUGUUAAAUAAAACAGGGCAAAACAUUGUACUGGACACAUCCAAAGACUUAACAGUAGAAUUAGUGGCCUACGAGUUUAGGCAGAUAUGAGCAACUUUAUCCCCCAAAUGCCUAGCAAAUAAGUUGCAACAGACUACUGGGACACUUCUUUACAUCACUCUGCAGACCAAGCUAGAGAAGACCUUGAAUAGUUUGGGGGGGGGGGGACUCCAAUGGACACCACUGAGUAGAUACGAUGGUGACAAAGUAGUAUUGUCACCUUGAGGUCAUCACUACCACAGAGUAGGCUUGAAAAUGAGGUCUUGUGUUUGCUUGGCUUAACUCAGUCUUGCAUCAUCUUUUGCUUGGAGUUGCCAGAGUUUGAAGCUAGGCGUAUCACUGAACUGUACCCCUCCACUUCAGAUAGGAAAAAGAAUUCACUACAGAUUUAGUCCAGGCCUGCUCAGAGGUACAAUUUUGUGAACUAGAAUGUUUAAUAUUACUGAAUGGCUGGCCUGCAUAUCUAGCAUACAGUACUAGGCACUACCACUCAGUGACCUGGAUUUGAGAGAGUCUUAUGCAAGGAUGAGGAAAAGGAGCAGGUCGCUGUGCACUUUUCACCUCAGAGAUGUUUAUUCACACUGUAGACUGUUGCUCCAAAGAGAGGGGGGAAGAAAGAAUUGCCUGGAUCUUUAACUGCCUCACCGUGGCUGCUCUCUAACUCAAGCUGUUUCUUGUUCCUUUAGAAAAGUUAUUGUGCAGCCUUAAUAAUUCUCGACAAGCAGGUUUUGCAUGCCAUUUUCACCUUUGAUUUGAUUCAGUCUUGUAUUUUUCUUGCAAAACGUAACAAGUCCUCCCCCCCCCAUGUGCAUUGCUCUUGGUUGCAAAAUAUGUUUCAGAAUGGACACAGUUCUGAAACCAACUCCCUAAUGACAACAACUAUUGCUUGAAUUCAGUAGAACUUAUAGGGAAGCAGGAUAUAGGCCCAGGUGCCAAAUUGUAUAGCAGAGGUUUUCAAACUUUUUGAGUCCACUGCUCCCUUGAACAUCUACAUUCUUUCUGCGGCACCCCUGUGAGGCUCAGGAGCCCAGUUGUGUCACCCCUUGCCUGCAGAGCUAGCAACCCCUCACCCCUUUUCGAACACCCUCCCUUGUGGAGUGUCCCCUCAGCCUCCUCUCCCCUCUUCUUGGGAGGCCUCUGGGAAGCCACCCCCACCCUCCACCCUAAAGAGAGCUGCCUCCCAGAGGCGCCAUUCACCUGUGGAGCAUAUAGCCAAGGCUGCUGUACUAAAUGGCUGUGCAAACCUUGGGGAGGCAGAGACACAAGAGGGCAUCAGAGGAGGAAGGGAAGGGAAGAGGGAUAGAGGCCAGUGUUGUCCACAGCACCCCUGACCAUCAUUCAAGGCACCCCGGAGUGCCAUGGCACAUUGGUUGACAACCCCUGUUGUAUAGCAUUCUGGAUCAGAGGCGUGAGGGGUGGUCAGUGCCUUGGGGAACCCACUGAAGUCAGCCUGCCCAGGAGCCCUCAAAAUCUGAAGCCAGUACUGCUAAAGAGUAUUGUGUAUGCUGACCUUUCUGACUCAAGUUCUUGUAGAAAAUGAAAACAAAACACACACCUGUCCAGUAUAGCCAUUUCUGGGCUUCUGAAAGACUACUUUCUACCUCACACAUCUGGCAGCUAACCAAGGCGAACCAAGUGAUCCUCUCUCUGAAAGCGGUGUUAAAAAUGGUGCUUUCUUUCCAUAGGCAGAAGAAAUUUUGAGGCGGGAGGUAGAGAAGAAAGAAACACCGAGUUUAUAUUGCUUGCUUGGGGAUGUCCUUAAAGACCAUUCUUACUACGACAAAGCUUGGGAACUGUCAAAGCACCGCAGUGCCCGGGCUCAGCGCUCCAAAGGCCUUCUCCACCUUCGCAACAGGAACUUCAAGGAAUGUAUAGAGUGCUUUGAGCAAUCCGUGAAGAUUAACCCCAUGCAGGUAAGACAAUAAGAACUUUUUACAAUAUAUUUGUGUGCUGGCUUUUGAAGAAUUACACAACUUUUAGAAGACAUCUGAAGGCAGCCCUGUUUUCAAUGCUUGAUGCUUCGUUUUUAGAUAUGCUGUUAGGCACCCAGUGUAGCUGGGGAAACCCAACCAGAUGGGCAGGGUAAUAAUAAUAAUAAAUAAUAAUAAGCCCUAAAAGCCUUAGGACAUGGUUACCUAAAAGACCACCUACUCCAAUAUGUACUUACCUAAACUUUAAAAUCCUCUUCAGAGAUCCUAUUCUAGUUGGGCCCACCAAAUGAAGCGAGGUGGGCAACCACCAUGGAUAGGACCUUUUCAGUAUUAGCACCCUGGAUAUGGAAUAGCCUUGCCAGGGAGGGUUGUCUGUCACCAUAUUUGUGGCCUGUUUAGAUGACUUUGGUAACCUGGCUCUCUGUUUUUAAUGCUCUGUUGUGUUUGCAUAGGUUUUUUUUCCUUAUUUAUUUAUUCAUUUAUUUAACCAAAUUUAUAUAUCACUUGAAUGUCAGAACACCUUUAAGUGGCUUACAAAAAUAUAAAAUGAAACAUUAAAAUUAUCAAUAAAAAGCAGUUAAAAACAGGUAUUCAAAUUUUUCAGAAGAUUAUUAAAAUCACCAGUAGCUAAAAAGAUUAAUGCUUCUAUGGUUUGCUUUGAAUUUUGGUUAUUUUGGACUUCUUUAUUUAAACCACCCACAGAACUUCAUGGCAGAAGUCAUAAAAUAUAGUUUGUUGGAGCAAAGCAAACCGCAGUCUCUGGUCUGGAUGUAAUGCUGAGCUAUGGAUCCUGAUUUGUUUCCUCCACAUGCUAGUGGGGAGGAGACAGCCAGCCCAGCUUGGCACUUCAUAGUAAACCGUUAACUGUGGUUUACUGUGACGUGUGAGCUGGGCCCGUUAUGCAAGGUGAUUCAUUCAAAGCUACGUAAAGAGCAGAGUUGGUAACUAAUAAAAAUAUUUUCCAUCACUUUGAAGAAGUAGUGGUCUAAUCAUGAAUUUAUUUUUUUCAAGUACAGUAUAGGCAAAACGUUUCAUUCAGAUAUUCUCAUUUGUGCAGCUGCCACCACCUAGUUUUCAGAGAUCCCUGCCCCUUUUCAUUGCAGCUUUCCAUACCCACAUCAGAGGCCUUCCCUGUUACUGGGAUAUCUCAGUCGGUAGAGCGUGAGACUCUUAAUCUCAGGGUCAUGGGUGUGAGCCACAUAUUUGACAAAAGAUUCCUGCAUUGCAGCGGGUUGGAGUAGAUGACCCUUGUGGGUCCUUCUAACUAUGAUUCAGUCCUCCAGGAGAGGCUUCUUAUGCAGCUAUAUUAGGAAGGAUUGGGUAGGAAAUCCAUGCUGUGCAAACAGCCGUACAUAAUAUUUUCAUGCAACCCAUGUUUGCAUGUUUCUUCUGUUGGGGAAACCACUAUUAUGAUGCAUUGAAGGUCAGCAACUGAAAAUUUGAGUUUGAAAUUUACUUAAUUAGACCCUAAACUAAAGGUUGAGGUGAAAAGGAGUGGCUGGGUUAAAUGAGACGUCUAUCAUCAUCACAUUUGGGCCAAUUCACUGCAAGUAGGCCGCUAUCAAGUAUUAUGUUGCUGCUGUUUUGAUGUUUGACUGUGUAAUUGUUGCAUUUUAAAGUGACUUUUUUUGUAUUAAUGCACCAUUCACUGCUAUGGGUCACUCUUUGAUCAAAAAGUGGUAUAUAAAUAAGCCAUAAUAUAAAACAAUUAAUAUUUCCACUUCCUUUGGGCAUUUGUAAUAAAUGUGCUUAGUCUGGGCUCCAUCAUUAUUUAUUACAUCCAUUCAUCAUUUAUUUUACAUGAAAAUGUGUCAAAGUGACUUAACAAUGUAAUAAUAGAAAUAACAAGAUCUAUUAAAACCAAACACAAGAACAAGAAUAAAACAACAAACUGCCUUUGUACGGCUCCUUUUUUUCAAAUGUGAGAUGCAUGUGCCAACAUUUGCUUUGUUCUUCAGUGUAGUUCCAAAGUUAACACUUCAAUCAAAGCAGCAGUUUCAAAAGCAGAAUUAAUUCUGACCUUUUCCCCCCACAUCUGCACGUUGUAAGCUUGAAUUCCUUCGCUUACAUGAUAAAGAGUUAUUUGAAGAACUACUGACAUGAACCCAUUUAAGAGGUGUGAUUCUAGUUUGUGUUAGCAAACUGCUUAGGCAGUGGAGAAGCAAUAUACUCAUGAACCAUACAUAGAAUAUGGUAUCUUAAACAUGAAAGCCAAAUAGAAAUUCGUAGUGUGAGUACCCAUUUGGCAAGUAGUGGCCCCAAGGAUGCAAGGCAUACCAAAACCAAUCAAGAGAUUGACAAAAUGAGGCUACUAAUUAGUACUUUUUCUCUGCAAUCAGUAGUGCAAAUAUAUAAGCCACUUUGGGGGGGGGGGGCGUUUAAAGUAGGAAGGUAGGAAACUUGUUCCAGGUGAAAAUUUCCCUUGAAAUGUUUCUCAUGCUGUAUUCCCUCUUGUUUGCAACUGCGGUUCAGGGAAAUAGUUUGCUACCAGAAACAUCCCCAUGCAUUUAGUGAUUAUUCAGAGCCUCAGGGUUUUUGGGGUUUUUUUUGCAGUCGUGAGUGAUUUGCCAGAUCCCAUUCCAACCAACAUAAUUGCCUACGGAAGUCAUGGUUUCUCUCACUCCAGCUUUUCUUUGCAAUUAUUUCACUGUUGGGCCCUCUAAAGGCCUCCAUCUCCUACAAAGAUGACUUAAACAUACUUCCUGCAAUUCAGUGGCAGUACCCUUUCUUCCUCGGAAAAAUGUGUCUCUAUAGAAUCAUUCCAAUGCUGCCUCUAAUUAGACAGAGGCACACACACACACACACAGAGGCCUCCCUUUGGCAGGAAAAACCCCCAAUACUGCUUUAUCUGGACUUUCAAAUUUUAACGGCCUAAGAUUACUCCAUUCUGUAUUUCAUCAUUGAUACCGUUGAAAAAUAGCUCUCUUCUGGCCUAUGCAAAGAUGCAGGCGCAGCCUAGCAUAUGGCGCUGUAGGGCCAGCUUACGAGUGGCACUGUUUCAGAGAGAAGCUCUCUGCAGUUGGGGGGGAAGCUGAACCUUUAAACACAAUUCCCAGUUAAGAUUUCAUGGGAAACUAUAAUUUAAGAAACCGAGAGAGGCUGCUGCAGGAGGGGAAGAGGGACUAGGAGCUUGUAACCCAGCACACAAAACUUGGUUUGUUGGACCAGGUCAGCUGUGUCAGAAAGAGACCCUUUUGAAAGCAGAAUGUGAGUUUAAGUAAUUAUUUCCCCUCCGGGACACCUGCUCUUCUUUUAAAAAUCAAUUUAAUAUGGUUUUAUUAUCUCUAUGUGACAAAGUAUUAAUAAUGAAACAAUGAAGGGGAUUAUGGUGGGCUGGCAGUGGCAAAAUGCUAUUUCCGCACUGAACAGUCAGUGAAUUUACAGAGUUAGUCAAUGAAUUUUACAUAAAUAUGUCAUUUACAAGAUUUUUGUUGGAACUUAUUCUUGGUUAGUUUUGCCACUACAACCUUCAGUUUCCACAGCAAUCACAUUUACAAGAAGAAUGUUUUAUACAAACUGGUGUCUCUGUGGAUACAUCUGCUUCUUCUCAGGGGCUAUUUGCAUCAUCACGGCUGCAUCCCCUUAUUGCCCUGUCUGAUGGUGGCAUCACAGCCAAGAAGUGGCUGCUGUAUCUUUGUCGAGUGUCCAACCUGCAAAUUGACUCUUGAAGCUCCAUCAGACCUAUGGCUUUAGUUAGAUAACUCCAAGAAAAGUGAUGUGGCCUUUUGGACAAGAAAACAUAACCAGUUUUCCAGGCAAACACUGCAAUUGUUGUUUUGUUUUUGUAUGCUCCCCCUUGCUGACCUUUCAGUUAGGUGUGUGGUUUUCCUUGGGCUGUGCCUACUUAGCUUUGGAAGAUUAUGAAGGUGCUGCCAGAGCAUUUCAGCGCUGUGUGAUAUUGGAACCUGACGUAAGUACAAUAAGUUUAAGGUAACAUUGGUCUUGCUUUGAUUCUGUUUAACAGUAUUUUUUUAAUCACUUUUCUGGGCAAGCCCAUCCAAUGUGAGUUGAAUAAUAAAUAGACUGAUCAAUAAACAAGCCAGUAAAAACAAAAUAAAACUAUAUAAUCUAGCCUGUAAAACAAUAUCACACCUGGAAGGCUAAUAUAAAAAUAUACAUUUGCAGUGCCUUCUGAAAUCCAUGCAACAUGUUUACCCUAAUACAGAUCUGAUGGGAAAGAAUUGCAAAGCCAUGGAGCCACCACAGAAAAAGACCAUUCCCUUUCGGCUUUCUGUCAUGGGAGGAGGAUACUUAAGGAGGGAGUUAGUGCUGUUAGAGUGUGGGCCAGCAGUCCAGGAAAGCAUUUGAUUUAAAAGAUAUUGGUUAUCAUCGUCAUGCUUUCGUAGACUAAGUUUUAAGCUUGUUUAUUUAAAAAUAUUUUUAUCUAUGAGACGGCAACUACAACAAUCCAUUGCUGUGUUGGGUGCAGCUGCCACAACAUGCAGGGAUUGUCAGAGCAGCACAGAGCCCUGUUUCAUUCCCCCUCUUCUCUUCCCCUGACUGAAACCAUAGUUUAGUGUUACUAGAACAAGAGAAAGCAAGCCUCUGCUCAAUUCUUCCCACCCACCCAGUGCAGCUGCGAAGAGGAGUUCCAAAGUCUUUCCUUGUGUUUUAGAUUAACUAUAGCUUGCCAUGUUGCCUGGACCUGCCAAGCUGUGAUUCAUUUUAACUAUGUCUUGUUGAAAUGAGACAAUGGCAAACCAAAGUUUAAGAAGCUGGCUUGUUUCUGCAUCACAUAGUUGAGAUCACCCACAGUUUGUGGUGAGUGCUACUUCCAAAUACCAGUUGCUGGAAUCUACAAGAGGGGAGUGCGCUCUUGGUCCCCUGUUUUGCUUGCUGGUUUCUCACAGGCACCUGGUUGGUCACAUUGAGAACAGGAUGCUGGACUAGAUGGGCCAUUGACGUGACCCAACAGGCUAUUCUUACGUUCUUAUGGUUCAGGUGUAACACUAAACUGGUUAAUCUAAAAUAGAAGUGAAGGUUUCCAGCCUCCUCACAGCUGGUGGGUUGGUGGAGGGAGGACACAAAACCCAUGGCUUGCUGUGGUUUAUCCUCAUUAAUGUUAAACUGGGCAAAAUCAGUAAUUCAACAUUGGAGCAUUGCCCCAAAUGAAAUUAUAAUCAUUCUCAUUCUGAGAAAGUGUGUCAGGUCUAGGGCUGGGCAAUAUCAGCUUUUCAACGUUGCGGUGUAUCACCAGCUAAACAUCGCAGUUUAGCGAUAUACUGCGAUGUUGAAAAAACAAGAUGCAUUAGCCUCUGCCCGCGAGACACUGGGUGAAACUGCUCCAGUUCUCACCUCAAGAGCUGAGGCGGUUUCACCCAGGCUUACAGGCUGACAACGCAGCUUGUUUGCACCACUCAGCUGGGGGAAGGGAACACUCCCCCCCACACACACCCAGUGAUGCAUCGGGGCUCCUUUAACUGCUUGCUGCGAAGAGCGGCAACACUCCUCAGUCAAGCAGUUUAAAGAUGCAGAAAGAGGAACAAGCUGUAUCAGCGCCUCGCUGAUACAGCUUGUUUCUCCCUCUCCAUCGUAUGAGGGCAGAGUGGGAUGGCGAUUUCACUCAGCGAUAUAUCUGUCCCUCUGCCAGCAGCACCCACUGUAGGAAGGAACUAUUGACUUCCUCCAGCGGACGCUGCUAGUGAAGGGACUCAGGAGAGGUGGCAGUUUCACCAGCGAUUAUACCGCUGAGUGAAACCGACAUCACAGUCUGCUCCUCAUACCAGUCCUGGGUGAUACAUUGAUAUAUCGCCCAGGCCUAGUCAGGUCUGCGCUCUUCUAAUAUCUCCCAAAUUCUCAGACUAUUUUUAAGGUUAUUGUUCAAUGUCCUGUCAAAAUAAUACCGCUUGGUAUGCCACUGUUUCUACUGUUACACUAAUUUUAUACUGCAACAACCUAAAAAAAAAUUCUUAAAUAUGGGCACUAUCCUAAAACUUGCCAUACUCCUAAUGGCUAUGAAUCAAGCAAAAGUAAGCCCUUGAGUGGCAUAUGCUUUAAAAUUCUCUCAAAAUCAGCAGGUCUUUAAAACGUCUAACUCCAGCUCGAUUAUGCCUAUUGAUUGGUGCUAUAAUUUAACAGUCAAAUUUAUGAAUGUCAAAUAUGUUGAGACACAAAUCAGUGUUUUAUGAUAAAAACACAAAUUCAGUGUGCUCUGUAUUUAAAUAGGUAUCCUUACUCCUGUAUGUUUGCUCUCUCCUUCAUGCAUUUGUUUUCCCCACAGAACGCGGAGGCUUGGAACAAUUUAUCAACUGCAUAUAUCAGAUUAAAACAGAAGUAAGUACAUCAAAGGGAUUAGUAACUGCUGCUUCCAAAGUAAACAGUGCUGGUUUCCUCCCUCUCCAGCUUUCCCCCCAAUUCCUCCCAGCUCCUGGGCAUGCUUCCCUCGUGAUCCACUUUAUGAUCACCUCUAGGACAAGCCUCCCACCACGAGGGGCAUUAGAAAGGUAGAGAUAUGAUUGAAAAGCCUUUGAAAAGGAAAAGCAGCUGUUUAGAUUCCUCCCCAAACCGGGUGUCGCAAUAUAGAAUUUAUUGCACAGGAUACUGUUAAUUACAAGUGCUGUACUGACUUCAUCGUGCAAGGGAGGCCCUGCUCUGCAUCCUGACCCUUUAUACAAAAGAGCCCUGCGGAAUCAAAUGCCCACGCUUUUCUGUAUUGUGGAUCCCCAUGCUACAGAGUGCUGUAUCUAUGGGGUGCAUAUCCCCUCCCACUGACCCACCUGGCUUUUCCAAAAAGUGUUUCAGUAUUCUUAAUAAUUGUAAUGUCAUUAACUGUGGAAUUUUUAGCCGGCUGUUUUUAUUACUUGUUAGUUGCAGGGCUUAUUGGCUUUUGGUCAGUUUCAGGUGGUGUGCAAAUGGCAGAGAAUGGGGCAUAUAAAUAUUUAUGUACAUAACUGCAUUCUUACUUUAAAAAAAAAGCAAGCUGGCAUCUAAAUCUGAUUUCAGUCCCUUUGGAAAAAAUAUAUAGCUAAGGAUGCCUAUUGCAGUCACAUAAUCAAGGGGGAAGUUGGCAGUUUUAGUACUAGCCUCAUGGUAGCAGAUGGUAUCAACCUGCAUAAUAAGCCACUUGUUUUCUGCUCCCUAGAAGAAGCCAUUAAUAAAUCUUGUGAAGGGACCCAAUUUCUUAGUUCUGUAUGCUUGCUCAGUUUAUGUAAUGAUGUCUGGAGUAGAUACCUUUUUGAUAAUGCAGUUCUUUCAGAAGUUCGGUAUCAUAAGUAAGUUGUCAAGAUAAUUUUUUGGUUGCUCAGGCUGUGUCCCAUUAAUCAUCUACCAAAAAGAAUGCAACUUAAAAAGGCAAGGGAGAAAAAUGAGAGUUAAAAAAAAUAAUGCUUGAUUCCUCUCUCUCUCCCCCCCCACCUCACCCCCUUGCACCCCCUUGUGAACAAUUUAAAAUGAGAAAAUGAACAGGGAGUUCACAAAGUUGUGGACACAGGAAACAAAUUGCCAAGAAAGUGCAUUGAACCAAAAGCCAUAAAUAAGUUCAAGAGGCCCUUAGACAUAUUUAUGGAACAUACAGACUGAAAGAUGUAGUUGCUACGGAGACUGCAAGGAACAAAAAAAAUAGAUGUAAAGAGAUACAAAUGUUUGUUCAAGUGUCCUUUUCAGACAAAUGUCAUUUUCAGCAACUUUCAGAGUAUGUAGAAGUAUCCCCGAGAAACUUUAUAGCCAAUUACCUAAAUAAAGAAAAUCAGACUAGAACAUUUAUUAGAUUAGAACUUCUUAAUCUCUCUGUGGAGGCUACAUAGGUUUCUAAGGUGGCUCAUUUUUAAGUCAGCAAGUAAAUUUUAUUUUAUCCAGAGAGUGAUUAAUCUGAUCCCUUUGUUCUCCCAUUCACAUGUCAUUGUGCAAUUUCUGGACUCUUUAUGUACCUGUAUUGUUCCCUUAACUGAAAUGACAUCCCCAUCUUGCGUCUCUUAUCUCUUCUCAUAACUUAGCUCACAGAGCAAGAGCUGUGGUGAAAUUUCACCUGGCAGAGAUUUGCACAAAAAAUGGUGUUCCAUAUUUAACGCUUGAUCAGUUUCUGUCAUUGAAAGCUACUAUUUAAUUUCUCAUCCCCUCAACAAAAUCAAGAUGACUUGCCAUUUAAUCAAGACUUACAAAAUACAGUGUAAGAAGUAAGAGGGGAACUGUCUAGGCCAGGGGUAGGCAACCUAAGGCCCGGGGCUUGGAUCUGGCCCAAUCGCCUUCUCAGUCCAGCCCACGGGCAGUCCUGGAAUCAGCGUGUUUUUACACAAGUAGAAUAUGUCCUUUUAUUUAAAAUGCAUCUCUGGGUUGUUUGUGGGGCAUAGGAAUUCGUUCAUUUUUUAUUUUAUUUUUCAAAACAUAGUGCGGCCCACCACAUGGUCUGAGGGACAGUGGACCGGCCCACAGCUGAAAAAGGUUGCUGACCCCUGGUCUAUGCCAAUGGGAUUAAAAUAACAUGGAGAAUUUUUAACAUUCUAACAGCGCAGUUAAGAAUAGUAGGUGGCAAAUAGCAAAUCUGUGAGUACUAUAGUUUAACAAUGUCAAAACCUUUUGUUUUUCAUCCUGGCUGAGAGAAGCACACAUAUUCAUCUUUAAACAAGCAGCAUUCUCUGCUUGUUUAUCUGCUUUAGCCUAUUUGUAAAGGAGAAGUGUAGUAAUCUUCCAUAAAUUCUAGACUAGCAGGUAUUUCACAGAAAAAUAACAAAAUGGAUUGUCUUAUAUGUGUAUGGUUUACCACCUGGUAUAAUAGAUUUCAAGGUGGGGGGAAUACAGCAAAAGAAUUGUCGGAAAGCCAUUUUUACUACAUUCAAAUGCUGUCACUGGAAAAUCUAGAACCCCUCCCAGCAUCGUGGAGCAGUCUCUCUCCUGCAAUGUCGUGCCCUGGAUGCAAAUGAUACAAUAAUGUGGAUUGUUCCUUUGCAAUUGGCAGCCUCUUUUGCAGACAGGUGCUGCACUCAGCUGUAUGGGAUCACACAACAGGGAAGCAUCUCUCAUGUCACUGUGAUUAUGUGUGAUGGGGAGCCCUGCCAACAGAUAACAGCAAUAAAGGUUAUGGCAUGAAGCAUGCUGGUAUAAAGGGAAAGGGAUCAUCCAUCUCUUGUCAAAUCAGAAAAGCAACUCUUAAGAUUGUGGUCUUCUUUGUAUAUACAAUUUUUAAAAUGCUAAACCUUCUAAAGAAGUGAAUAAGGCUGAGGGGGGGAUUGAAUGGCAAAGCAAAAAUCCUUGUGUGUUUUAACUUAUUUAAUUUUGAACCAGAAUUAAAGCAUUCCGGACCCUUCAGGAAGCUCUCAAGUGUAAUUAUGAGCACUGGCAGAUUUGGGAAAAUUACAUUCUCACCAGUACAGACGUUGGAGAGUUUUCAGAAGCUAUUAAAGCUUAUCACAGGCUUAUGGACUUACAAGAAAAGUAUAAAGAUGUCCAGGUGGGUUGUGUCUCUUUUUAUUCAAGUGUCCAGUUUUAAAGAUUUCAAACAUGGUUCAUGAAAACAGGUCAUACUCAGGACAGCGAUUAAAGAGCCUCCCAUCUUAUAGUGAAGUUGUAGGGUACCUCUGUUUCUUCUAUAAAAAUGUCAAGCCAAAUCAAGACUUAAAUGGAAGUUGCACAUUCAGUCCAUCCCCGACCAUGAUGGCAUUCAGUGAGAAUGCCUUCUACUAUGAGCCCAGCAGCUUUUGCAGUAGAACAGGGGCAGUAGAAGAAGAAGGGUUUGGAUUUGAUAUCCGGCUUUAUCACCACCCUAAGGAGUCUCAAAGCGGCUAACGCUCUCCUUUCCCUUCCUCCCCCACAACAAACACUCUGUGAGGUGAGUGAGGCUGAGAGACUUCAGAGAAGGUUGACUAGCCCAAGGUCACCCAGCAGCUGCAUGUGGAGGAGCGGAGACACAAACCCGGUUCACCAGAUUACAAGACUACCGCUCUUAACCACUACACCACACUGGCUCCCAGUAGCCAACUUGGUGCUCUCCAGAUGCUAGAGUGCAGCUCAUAUUAGCUCCAACCAGCAUAGCCAGUUGUUGGUGAUUAUGGGAGUUUUAGUUCAUGGAAACAUGAGAGCUUAAGGAGAAAAUUCUGUCCUUGUGGAGGAAACCAUGGCAAUUUAGCCUUUACAGUGUCCUUCUCUGUACACUGAGAAAUCAGUGGUAGACUGUGCGACAGGGGACAAUAUUACGAUGGAACAUGAUGAUACCAGUGGACAUUCCCUGCCUUAGAAUAAUGUUUUUGUCCUACUGCUCAGCCUGAAUUCCUGGGCAGUGUCAGUGGAUGUUUUAGCCUUUAGCAUGCAUUUAGGAAUGUUAUCUGAAUGAAGAAACUGGGAUUUUCCUUUUUUAAAAAUUCAUUCAGGAGCAGUGAAACUUCAAAAUCAGUGGGAGUGAUAAAAAUCUGCUGUUGGAUUUUCAGAAGUUCAGGCUUGUGGGCACAGUCUAAUGGUCUUUUCCCACAAAAUAAAUUAGAUGUGGAUUGUUUCCUUCCUCAACAGAUUCCUUGCUGCUGUAUUCACUAGUUGCUCUUUCAGAUGGUAGCUGCAUGUAGCUGACUAUCUCAGUUGUCCGAUAAAUAAGGGUUUUUCCCCCUAGAAAUAUUAGGUGCCAGUACUCACCAUGAAGUUGUUACAAUAAGUGCCACACUGUUUACACAGUAAUCGUACCUUUGUUGUUAUUCUCGAGUACCCCUUGAUAAAAACACAUUUUUUAAAGCAUCUCCUUGUGGCUGGCUGUUAUUUGUGUAAAAUGUGCUACAUCAAAAUGUAUGCAACAAAGCAAAAUCACAGGCAGGCAUGGAUGCCCACAGGAUUUCCUGGGCCUGGUACAUUGCAUAUGGAUAGCCCCCCCUCAAGCAAUCUACUGGCGAUAACUGCUGAGGAUGUAAAUAUGUUAGUUUAGCCUAGCCUACCACACCAGGCUGCCACUGUUAUGAUUAUUUAUUGGAUUUCUUACCCAUGCUUCCCCGUAGGGUCCCAGGGUGGGUUGCAACAAUUUAAAAAUUAUUAAAAACAGUAUUAAAACAAAUAACAGUUAAAGGAAUAGAGUGGAUUCCAUUGCAAUGAUAAAAGGGGGUGGGGAUAAUGUGUGCAACCUUGAGCUCCUGGGUGGAGAAGCAAGAAACAGCCCACAGUCCUGAUAUUUACAGCACUGCUGUUGCCUACCGAGUGUUGAAGCCUUUGUGUUUUGUGCUCUUUCUGUAGAAAUGUCUAAUUGAAUUACAUUUUCUUUUUCCAAAAAAAAGAGGGAAAGGAAGCUAAGAAUCGGGGGGCCCUGCUGGCUCAUGGUUCAGUACCUGUUGGCAGCCCUGGGUGCAGGUUUUACUACUGCAGAUAGCUACUGUCCUGCAUUUGUGGCGUGGGAUUUUAUUCAGUGCAAUUUGCUACUUCUGUCAACUUCAGCAUUUACACCAUAUAUGCCAAACAUUUUUUGGCAAGAGCUAACUCACAGUUCGAACACGGGUGGCGCUGUGGGUUAAACCACAGAGCCUAGGACUUGCCAAUCAGAAGGUCGGCGGUUCGAAUCCCCGCAACGGCGUGAGCUCCCGUUGCUCGGUCCCUGCUCCUGCCAACCUAGCAGUUUGAACGCACGUCAAAGUGCAAGUAGAUAAAUAGGUACCGCUUCAGUGGGAAGGUAAAUGGCGUUUCCAUGCACUGCUCUGGUUCACCAGAAGCGGCUUAGUCAUGCUGGCCACAUGACCCGGAAGCUGUACGCCGGCUCCCUCGGCCAAUAAAGUGAGAUGAGCGCCGCAACCCCAGAGUUGGCCACGACUGGACCUAAUGGUCAGGGGUCCCUUUGCCUUUACCUUUUUAAGUCACAGUUCACAAUAAUCACCUUUGACCAUGGGAGUAAGGAGGAUCAGACACUACUUUAGCAAUGCUAAUUGCCCUCUGUUUCACUGUUAAAGCUCAGCCGUUGCUGUUGCUCUAAUGCUGGCUUGCUAAGAAUGACAGAAGCAUCAAAUGCAUUGUGGCUUUUUUAAGCAGUCUGCUUCACUCUACAGUGCACAGCUCAAUUUUAUUUGUUUCUUGAGCAGGAUAUACAUAUGUGUUCAAAACAGGAGUUAAUGGAAGACAGACACCAGCAGAGAAAACCCCACCAUGUCAUCUUUUGUCAGCACAUAAACUCAGAGAUAAGCAGUAAGGUUGAUUCUUUAUUCAGAGAGAAAAAACCUAAGAGAGAACUCCACGGACAGGACUACCCCAAGGAGGCAGUCGCCAGAACUGAGGACCUGAGCCUUCCCAGCAGUCGCGAACUCCUUCAAGGAGGGGUUCUCUGUGCCUUUUGUCCUGCUACAUGUAGCACCCCCUAGGCAUUCAAAAUCUUGGGGCACCUCUCGUGCGCAUGCUCUAGUGGGAUUACAUUGAACUAUGAAAGCUAGAUUGCAGUUUUCUUUCAAGAUCCAAUCAGUGUUACUUUGAUCCAUUUUUGCAGGGCCCCUAAAAGUCGUGGGGCCCACAGACCGAUGCCUGUUCGGUAAUCCAGCACUGUUUCCUCAGUUGCAGACUCCCACCAUUCCUCCUCAUCUAGCCAGAUCCUGAUCUCUUUCUGUCCGGAAUCCUUUCUACUGGAAAGGCAAAAGCAAAACUUUUUCUGUCCCUUCAAUUUCAGAAAUAGAUUUCAGAGCCUGAGGAGGAAGCAGAAUUAAUAGGUUCAAGGAGACACCUGUACCUGCUAAUGGCCAUUUCCUUGUUUUUAAGCCGUAACAUCGGGAGCCAUUUACAGCGUGGUACUCUGUAGACUGAUGGCUUAUCAUGUGAGAACUGAUCUCGAAAACCAUUUCCCCCUCGUGAAGCCUGUCAGCUUUGCUGAGCAUCAAGGUAGCCUGGGAAACAUGUUUUGACAGGCUGAAAUUUUAUAUCAAAGGGGCUUUGUAACUGUACAGUGAUAACUAGUAACAGCUCAGAUGUUUGGAAAUACGGGGUUUAGGUUUCGACAAAGUCAUCGUGGGCACAAAAAUAUCUAGGAAGGUUAUGGGGGAAGAACAGCAAACCGGCUUCACUGGUGUGUUGUUUGAUCCUCUGUAAUGAUCCUAUGACCUCUAAGAGACAUGCAUAAAAAUUGAAUGUACUUGCAUGAAUGCAUAACUUUAUUUGAUGCACUUGAUGAUUAAGUUAUCUGGAAAAAUGUAAUAUAACUUACAACAUUGAUUUUGUAACCUACUGAUAAUAAAUUUGACAACUUAAGAACAAGUUUCUUAGCUGCUGGAUAUAGCACCAGUAAAUGGCAAAGUCAUUCAGAAGUGUUUAAAUUCUAUUAGUUUUUCAAGAACUCAUUAUAUUCCAAGAAAAUAAGUUGCUAGCAUUCUUAAACAAGUAUGGUGUCUCUGCAUCUAUGGUACAUAGGAAAGCUACAUUACAUUUUUAGUAGAUUAAUUCCAUAAAAUAAUCCUAUACAUUUGCAUGGGAAUAAACCCCAUUAAGAACAAUGGGACUUAACAACUAAAUGAAUAUGUAUAGGAUCCCACUGCUUAUAUGCAUUUCCAGUACCUCCAACAUGUGUUUUUCCAAACCUUACUAAAUGCCUUUGAUUCCUCUGGAGAAUAUUCAGGUCCUUUUAUUAAUAUUGACUACCAGAUACAGAUGUAGUUAGUGUUGUCAGAAUUUCCCAUGUGUCCUUAAAGGGAUUUUCUAUCUUAAAGGGAUUUUCUGUUUUACAGAUUAAAAGUGUUGUGUAAAUUUGGGCAGUAAGGCUCUCUGUCUUCUGGUUAGAUUAUAGUUUUAAGUAGUGCCCAAUUAUGUAAUAUAGAACCCUUAUUCAAAUUUUGGAGAAGAAGCUUUUGUAGAAUUGCUGUUACCACUGGGGAACAUUGUUUUUCUUUUUCCUUGCUAUCUUUAUCUCUUGAACAGCUUAUUGUUUGUGGAAUGUUCUCCCCUGGGAGGUCUGGCUGCUGCCUUCAUUAUAUACCUUUAGGCACCAGGAGAAAAGGGAAUCAGGAUUAUUGGUUCUGUGGGUUUGGGGUUUUUUAUGCAUCUUGUGUUUUUAUCUUGUCUUUUUUAUGUUGUGAACCACCCUGAGAUCUGUGGAUGAAGGGUGGCAUACAAAUUUAAUAAAUAAAUAACAUAAAAAUAAUUCAGACUCCUACAAAUUAUGUUAUUGUAUAAGAACUGAUUGUAAAAAAAACCAAAACCAAAAUCAAAGCAGCUGUUGAACUCACACGUUGCACACAUUCACUAAUUCGCCUCGUAGUGUUAGUCCAAUUAUAACCAAAAUUUUCUUCUCUCAAAGGUGCUAAAGAUUCUAGUAAAAGUAGUUAUGGAUGGAGUGACCGAUCGUAAUGGAGAAACUGCAACAGGGUUGAAGGGGAAACUGCAGGGACUCUUUGGCAGAGUGACUUCUAGAGUGACAAGUGAUGGAGAAAUCUGGAGACUAUAUGCAAGACUCUAUGGGAAUGGGCAGAGUGAUAACCAUGAAGAUACAGAGAAGGUAAGUGCUAAUGGUAAGAGUGUGAUUUUAAAUUAGUAAUGAUACAGGAAAUUUACUCUCUACCCAAAUUUUGGUAUUAGGAUCAUGAUGCUUGGUUUGUGACUGUUUGGUUUACCCAGCUCACAAAAUAAUAAAAAAAAGAUUGUAAAGGUUAAGCCAAUUUCACUUAUCGUCGGUACUUCUGUCUUUGACAAGCUGAUCAGCAAAUCAAGCUUACCUUGAUAAAGAAGAAAAAGAACAAAACAGGCCAUUAAAGGGAGGGAGGAUAAUGCAGAAUGUUCAGGCUGCAGCACUGGAAUAAGAAAGAUUAACACCCAAGACAGGUGAAAUGUUGUUUUUCAUCAUUCUUAUUGUGAGAAUGCACUUAAGAAAUAGGUCAAGUUUAAGGAUACAAUCCACAGAAGGUUACCUCUGUUCAAUUCACUCUUAAGCAUAUGUAUCUGUCUCAGAAUUGUGUUCUGUAUAUUUAAUGUGCAUAAUCCAGAGCGGGGCACUAAAAGGUUAUUUUAAGCAAUAUGACUUUUCUAAAUGGAUUUGCACCUUUCAGUUUUUCUACGGAAUUCAGGUGGCUAAAGCAUUAUCUGAAGGCAGCAGCACUCAGGGGAAAAUAAUGUUCUCAGUCAUCAAACUAUUACAACCUAGUGCCAUGUAACUGUGUACUGCAGCCCUGGGAUCACCUAUUAAGCUGUUCUGCAAGGUCAGCCUGCUCCUUCAACACCACCUGCUGACAGAUAAAUAUUGCUCUUCAGGUGGGAGUAAGUGUGGCAUCUCCCUUGCAAACACAUGGAGAAGCUGGAAUCAAACAUAUAGAUGAACUGUGAAGUGGGAGAGCAAGGAGAGAGCUAACAGGCAUAUAGGGAAAAGUAACAAAGAUAAGGAGAGGAGAGGUUUGUGAAUCUGCCAGAGAGAAGGAGGGAGGGAAGGAAGGAGAAGCUUGGCGGAAUGCAGAAAAGGAAAAGGAGAAGCAGCAAGAUUAGAAAAACUAGCUGGAAAGGAAAAAGAGUGAGGGAGACUGACAUGAGAUUAGUCAGGAAGAAUCAAAAAGACAAGAUAAAGGGAUUUGUGCAUUUCUUACAGUGCUGCUGCUAUUGGAUUGCAUAUCAACUAUGUCUUUGAACUAUGUCUAACCUUCCCUUGUUUUGGCUUUUUUAUUUUAUUUUUAAAAGAUAGAUUUUUUACUUUCUCAGAAAAAGAGUUUUCAUACAACAGGUCUUGUUUUCUUCACCCACUUUCUACCAGGAGAUGCAAGUUCAGUUUUCUCAGCUUUGCAUCCCCUGUGAGUAGAUGCUGCUGGAAAUUCUCAUUACCCUGGUUCUUGUGCGCAUUGCCUGCUCAGUGAGAGAGACAGAAUUCCCCUUUAUAAUGCCAGGGAUGUUACACCUUGACAUGUAAUAGCAGAAGCUAGUAAACAGCAUUCCUGAAACGAGUCAUCUAGAAAUUAAGUAUAUUCCUGGGGGACCUUCUGUCCUGCCUACUUUAGUACCAUUUUCUGAUUAUAAAAUUGUUAUUGCACCCAGGAAAUGGAGUGAGAGCAUUUGAGGUCUGAAGCUAAGCAGGGGUUUGGGAGGGGGGCUGGGGAGGGGAGGCUUAACCCUUCCCAGCUUCACCUGCCCCCCAAAAAACAACAACAACCUCUUCCUGCAAUUAGCCUUGGGGGAAAAUCUGUUGGCUUUUUUCAAGCUUUGCUGUUGCAGAGGGCAGGGAAAAGUGAUCUUCCUUGAGACUGCAGCUAGGAAGGGAGGGUUAACUCUGCCCUCUAUCUCUAUUUUCCAGAAGAUCACACACACACACACACACACACACCACAAAAAGCAUAAAUCAAUCAAUCAAUCAAUCAAUCAAUCCAGGUGCUUGCAAAUGUGCCCACAGGCCCCAAAAGGUUGUUGAAAUCUUCUGGGUAUUUAGAGAAUCUAAAGAAAGCUUUAAAAUCUGCCACAUAGUCACAAAGCUUCUAAACUACAUGGAGACUCUGGGGGGAAACUAACAAUGAAUUGGGUAUUGGAAAUAACAGAAAACAUCACAUGGGCACAAUCAAAAAGAUAGAAACUCCAUAGAAUUCUAAUGGUAAGACAGUAAAAUACAAUAUAAAUAAAAAAGCAGUAAAAAUACAAUUAAAAAUCGCAGAUCAUCAAGCAUAGUGCAUUCCAGUUUCUACAACAGGCAGAAAAAUAACUGUGGUCCACAAAGAUCCUUAACCAUUUACAGAUGACCAAUGUGAAAAAUGGUUUAGGAACCACUGCACCAGCAUGUCUUAAUACCCGAGAACCAUGUUUGUAGGCCCAUAGUAAUAGAGCCAGUUUUUGGGGUAAGAGAAUAUAGAGAAGUCAUCAGGACUUACAUCUUUUGUCCCCUGUGCCAACACAUUAUAAUACAAAAGAAACAUUUUCCAGUAGCGGUGCUUGCUGUUUUCAUUUUGCUAUAGAAAACUGGAAGAACUACAAGCAAGCAUUUCAUCUUUGUGCUGUAGCCAAGGUUAUGAGAUGUGUGAUUCAGCUAUUAAAUCAAAGCAAACUCCCGGUGGCAAUUUUUCAAGGAGCCACAUAGUGUGAAAGAAGCAUCAAACUCUGAAUAUAAAAUGAAUACUUCCAGCUUUCAAAACAUGGUAGAAUAUUGUGACGGAAAGAUCUUGCUAAAUUAUCCUGACCCAUUUUCCUGUAAGAGCUUGCUCCCUUGAGAGUGUUACCAGAAAUUUCUUCAUUUAGGUUAGGUGUGUCUGUGUUUAAAUGUUAGCAACGUGCCCUAUACAGCCUCUCUUUUUCUAUGAAGCAGCAUAGCAUGCAACCUAAACUGUAACCAUAAUAAAGAUUUUCCUGGUAUUUGCCUUAGUUUCCUUUGUUGGUUUUGUCCAGGAGCAGAUCCAGUUGGGUGCCAAAAUGCAAAUAGCCACCAACACUCUGUCUCUCCCUCCUUUAUCUUUUUUUUCCAUAUUGCCCAAAUGUAAUGCUGGUUGGCAGGGACAUUAUUAGCAUUAUAUAUUUUUUAAACAGUUAAUGUGUUUUUAAGUAACACAAUUCUGUACCUUCUGAUUACUUAUUCUGCCCUUAACUCAUCGUAUUCCAUACUGCUAUGGUAUCUUCAAUAAUCUUCUCAGUACUCAAGCAUGCCAACUAAUUCUCCCCACCACCACAUGGAAUCCUCCAUGGUGCUUUGCAAAGGCAGGAAUCUACCUGGGAUAGUUGGUAGAGCAGGAAACUCUUAAUCUCAGGGUGGUGGAUUUGAACCAAACAUUGGGCAAAAAGAUUCAUGCAUUGCAGGGGAUUUGACUAGAUGAUCCUCAUGGUCCCUUCCAACUCUACAAUUCUAUGAUCCUAUACUGACCAUUCCAAUUAACAUUUCCCAGGAGUCAAAACCACUUUGCUUCACUUUGUAUUCUGCAGCCCAGGAAACACCUGUAACCAUUCUAUCCCUUUAAAGUUCUAGUUUAGCUCUACGACCCAGUAAUUUGCUUGACAUUUGAAUGCCACAGUAUGCUUCUUUGUUUUAAUAUUUGAUCAAAGGUGAAAUAAUGUAAAAUGCUGGUAUGAAUCAUUCUCAGUUGUGUUAUUUUGUGUAAUUUAUGUGCAAUUAUAGCUCCAUUCAAAUAGUGAUUCCCCACCCUACAAAGUGCCAGCCUCAAAUACUGAUGACACUGAAAUCAGCAGGUAAUAAACUUAAUAGUCUUCCUCUGUUGACUUAAGAAAGGCUAGAGAAAGACUGAAGUACAGAGAGACUGAAGAGGCUAGCUUCUGGCAAAAUAAAAACGAAACUGCCAUUGUUUGUGAUUUUCUGUCCCUAGCAUCUCAGAGGUGGAAAACUACACUUUCAAAUGUAAGUUCUGAUUACAAAACUAGUUUUAGGAGAUGUGGCUGUAUAUGGUCAUCUCCCCCACCCACAUUUCCACCUCCCCUUUGUCAGAGAGAAGUGAUGAGGACAAGAGUGGUAUCACACACUAUUUCAUACCUAAAAUUGAACUGGUGUUGCACUCUACGAAGGGUUUUCACCGUAGAAAGCAUUGUCUCUCCAAUGUUUUGUAUGUUUCAAGGCCCACAUGAAUCUCUCGGUGCAUCGACAGAGAUGUGAGCUUAACUCAGUUUUCCUGCCAAAAAGUACCCAAAGCAAAUACUAACACCAUAAAAUGAUAUAGAACCCUAGCGGCAUUAACAUAUUCAAAAUGUCUGAUAUAGCAACUUACUAAAGUUGAAAAGGAGAGUAGGCUCUUCACAAGAAAAGUGAUUCCAUAAAUGCAGCACUCUAUCACAAAGAGAGCAAGUAAUUUCACAUCAUGCACACACAAAAAAUGAGACAGAUAUUUGUUGUGUAUCCUAAUUAUAAAACUAUAUCAAUAAUUAACUGUAUCAAGAAAUCCAUAUGAAUGGGGGGAGGCGUGUGAAGGUGGAAGUUGUCUUGCAAUUUUGUGUUCCAUAGAUUUAUAAAUGAACUCCUAGCAUUAAAUAAAUAUAUUUGGUUCCCUUUCUUCCUUAUUUCGUUUGAUAUUCACAUUUAGUUAGAAAUGCUAUAUCACAAGUCUGUUUUUCUAUCGCAUUAGUCGUACCUUGGAUCCCGAACGCCUUGGUACUCAGUCGUUUUGGCUCCCGAACACUGCAAACCCAGAAGUGAGUGUUCUGGUUUGCGAACGUUCUUUGGAACCCAAAUGUCCAACAGGGCUUCCAAUUGGCUACAGGAGCUUUCUGCAGCCAAUCAGAAGCUGCGCUUUGGUUUCCAAAUGUUUUGGAAGUCGAACAGACUUCUGGAACAGAUUCUGUUUGACUUCCAAGGUACGACUGUACAAUACAUCAACAGACUUCAAAGAUUUCCUGUUGCUAGCAAUGGCUUGCCUGGCUGCUUCACGCUUAGGCUUAGCCAAGAGAAAGGCAUUCUCUGUUAUCGCAAAAUAGGGUUCCUUAAAAGAUGGCAAGCAAAACAGAACCCCCUUUGCAGAUCUUUAUUAGUGGGACGGUGAAUUCAUGUGGAUUAGGUGUGCUUGACUUGGCUUGUUCUGAAGAAAGAAAAUAAAAAAUAGCAUAUGGAAGCAAGUCUUGGUACAUAGCAAUUGUGUGGUCUCUCCAACUAGCCCCAGGUGAGAACCAAACAGCCACCUUUUGGGUCACCUCACAAAGCAAAGAUCUCUCAUUGGUGUUUGUUGGAGAAUAAAGCCAAUUCUUUCAACUCUUCCAUUAAGACUUAAGUGCUUAGGUUUUUUUGCUUUAAAAAAGGGUAAGUAAACAUUUGGAUUGGGGGGGGGGCUUUCCUAACACUUGUUUUUGCUGUGGCUCAUUUGCUUCUGUUUAGGUUUGGGCAAUUGCUUUUUAUUUUCUCCGUUUUGCAGAAUCCAUGUCUUCUUGCUUUUUUCCACAUUGGGGAACCAAUACAGAAUAAAACUGGCAUCUUAAUCUUUGUAUAUAUUUGAGCAAUUUAUUGCAUUCCUUAGAUGCAUAAUGGCUUAAAAUAUUAAAAUACAAGUGUUUUCCUGCUUUCAUGUGCAUUUAGUCACUGUGACCUAGCAAAAUAUGGGUCACAUCCAUCAGUCUAGACAGAUUUUUUUUUAAAGGUAAAAAAUUAUAUUUUAAACACGUGUUACUUAUAUGUCUGUCAUACUUGAAAGGCAAUAACAGCGAAAAACAUCUGUGCUACAGCUGCAGAAUACAGUUGCAGGGGAGGAAGACUGAAAAACUAAUACUGAGAAACUAACAUAUUACCAAUCAGACCUAUUUUUUUAGAGUGACUUUGGCUUUACGUAUUAACAUAAAGCCAAACUAAGGUUGUUUUCUAAUUUCACUCUUCUGUCUUUACAGGUGCUACAGUAUCUCAGCAAAGCACACAAAUGUGAAAUGCAGUCAAAGGACUGGGACAAAGAUAUUUUCUCUUUUAAGAACGUAGUAAAAGGAGCUUUAGAGCUUGCACAUGGUAUGUCCUGUAUGAAUUUUUUGGCAGAAAUCAUUAUUGGUGGGUUACUUUAAAAGGUUCAUUUGGCUGUAACAUGCCACACUUGCUAACACUUAAAAACAAAAACCCAGAAAAACAGAGCUGCCUUAGUUCUAAAGUAGGGAAAAGGAUGUUCAGGAGAGAUUGUGUUAAAUGACCAAGUCACUUUCCGUUUCCAGAGAUCAAUGUGACGUCUCAACAGGACCACCAGUCAUACAUGCAGAAAAUUCCCUCAGAAAUCCAUCUGGAUCCGCAAGGAUCUGAGGCAGAUCAUUUUAAUCAGCCCCUCACUGUACAGAAGCUCUUUCAAACACACAAGCGGGACUGGUGUGAGUGUGCCUGCCAAGGGCACAGCAAAGUACAGCCCUGCUUGGCACUGGGAGACAGGGCGGUGCGGGCUCCGUUCACGCUCUGCCCCUGGAGUGGCAUUCAUGUGGCCGAAAAGCAGGGUAUAAAUCCCUUAAAUCAGUAUGUCGCUGACAUUCAGCACUUGUAUCAGCCAAUAUUUUCAUUCCAAUUCAUUUGUCCAAAAUGGACAAGUUAUAGGGCAACUUUAGAUAAGCCCAAGGUUAGCACUAAGUACAACAAAUUAUUUGGGGGAGAACCCUCAAAGGGAGGAAUCGUUCCCCUCACUACCAAAAAAAAAAGUCAAUGAGGGCCCAGUGUCCAUGGAAUACUAUAACUGUGAGGCUGGAGAAAAACACAGAGAUAUUAUAAUGACACACAUUCAGUUAUGGGCAGUCUCCCCUCCCCCCACACCAUUUUGCUUCAAGAUCUCACUUACUCAUUUAUGAAAUUCAGAAGUGCGUCGCCAAAACAGAGCCCUCUGCAUGCAAGGAGGAGAAGAUAUCAGAAGUACAGAAAAGCUUUAGGGAAAAUUCCUAAGAGGAAGAACUAACUGGGGUUGAAGAGGUGGAGUGGAAUGAAGUAGCAGGAAAGAGGGUGGGAUUUCAGCAGCACUCCACGCAGCAAUAUUUUGUUACGGUAUUUUAUUCUCGUUUUACAGAAACAAUGCUGCGUUGUUUCAGUGAUUCAUGUUGCGGUUCAGAAUACCUGCCCCCCUUACCAUUUGUAUGGAUGCUCCUUUUAAUGAGCUUCCUCGCGAAGAGAACUGGCUGAAAGCUCUAGUAGUAAUUUAUGUCUGCCGUGUUAUCACAGUAAUCACCAGACUUUUGUUUUGCCUUUUUAAAAUUCAUCUUGCAGUGGCGAUGAGAUGCAGCAAAACCAAGUCUAAUCACCAAGAGGCACUGCAAAUUCUCUCUUCGGCUCGACUCAACUUACGUAGCUUGGCAGCCAGAGCAAAGGUGAGACUGAGAGGCGGGGUCAGCAAAGGGCUCCCUGUCUCAUGGCUUAUGUUCUCAAGUACUGCUACAGGCACCUUACUUUUAACUCUUCCAUUCUAACCAGAAAAAUACUGUAAUGGAAAGGAGGAGAUAUUCUUCGUAUGUUUAAUCUGUGAAAACUUUACUGGACUAAUUUCCUAGAAAUAUCCGACAGUUGUCUCUGUGCAAGGAACAGGGCACAGACUACUUUUGUAGAAAGUGUGUAUGUGUUUGUUUGUUUGUUUGGUUGGUUGGUUGGUUGGUGUGUGUGUGUGUGUGUGUGAGAGAGAGAGAGAGAGAGAGAGAGAGAUGGGGAAACUGGCAUUGCUCCCUCAGGACAUCUCUAAGCAUGACUUUCCCUGAUUUGAAAUGCUGGAAUCGGUAUACAGAAGGAAGGUAGCUCAACAAUGUUCUUCCGACAAAGCCAGGAGAGCAGAUGACACCCAUUUGUCUGGCUGUACAGAUUCUCACACAAUUGUCCAUAAUCCCCAGAGAGCUCUGUAGCUUCAGCGAGGCUUGUUUUGGACUUCAGCUCAAUGAAUGCCAAAUAAGAGAGAGAAAGCUGAGCCAGACACCAUCCUUCCUCCCCAGCUUCUUCACAUUGGGUAGCCAGAAACAACUUUUUUUUAAAAAAAAAAAAAGCAUGAUGGACAGCUGUCACAAAGGAUCCUUUAUGAAAGCUUCCAUCUCUCAGGAAAAAGUCUUCUGGCUCUGCUGCACCUGCCAAAAAUUGGGCUGUGAGCUGGCAAUUGCAUGGAGUAACACUGUCUCCCCAAAGAGGACAGGAGGGCAACUUUAUUACAUUUCUUUAUUGUGUUUUGCCAUGAAUGAAUGAAAAUUGCCCAUUCCAUAGAACCCACCCAUUGUGACGUUUAAUACUGCAAUGUGUACAUAUCAGCCAACAGGUGCAAGUGACCUGAAGUGUCAUGGUGUAGCACUAAGGAAAUUGAAUCACUAAGACUUGGAGCAGCGUCUAGUUUUUCCUGCAAAAACUACCCCUCCUCACCCAGUCAAUCAAAAGAGAAGGUGGUGAUUGAGAGGGUCUGAUCUUCAGAACCUGCUCCAAAACUAGAAUGGGUUUUUAGUUUAUGAGGAAAUGAUUCACUUCAACGCAUGUUCAGUAGUAUCCCAGGCCCCAAAUGAGACUGCAGCCUAAAUAGGGUUAGGUCACUCCUGCUGCUUUUACAAGUAAUCAAAGGUGGGGGAAAGCCUAAUGUUCACUGUUUGGCCAGUUGGGUUUAUAGGUGCAGAUGGGUACCAGUGACACACAAGUAGGUCUAAGCAUUGACUUUGUGGAAUUCCUGCAAAAUUGGAUUGUAUCCUUGCACAAAUCAGUAAUUCUAGGUCUUGUGCAAAAAGGAUGAAGUGGACAGGGCUGUCAUUAAUUUGUCCACAGGGUGACACUGGUGUGUUUUAACAAUGUUGCAGUACUUUUUUUUUUUUUAUCUGCAUUUAGGAUGAUUUUAUUGUCUUUGGUUAAGAAGAAACUUUCUGUUACAAAUCUUUUUUUUUUUUCUUCUGCAGCAACUUUUUGCAGACACAGUGAGUGGAGAAGUUUCCAGUGACCUAGCUGAAGAAGUGGCAGCUAUGGAGAACUUGAUAGUGGAAUUGCAGGAACUUAGCAACCAGCUAAGAAAUCAGACCUGAGAAAAAGAAGAUCCAGUUUCCUGGAAGGAAGGAAGGGCAAAGUUGGCAAACUUCAUUGGCUACAGUUUGCGCUAAUGAGCUUGCAGUAAAUCAGACACCCCAAGCCACUCUCUAAUAAAUAUUUUUCCAUAUAACGUAGCUUCUAAUUGCAGCCAGCAUUGCUAGGACUGUAAAGUGUUUUUAAGGUCAGGCCUGUUCAUUGUCAUUUUCGGUGUUUGUGUGAUUUCUGUUGGCCUGGGUUUAUAGAACAAAACUAACUGGUUUUUAUUUAGAAGGCCCUUUUAUUUAGGAUUAGUUCUGCUCGAGUGCACCACGUAAUUGGCUUCUGUCCACUGAUGUGCACAUUGCAGAUAGGAGAGAUUAAGUCCUGUUGAUGUUAGAAGGGAAAAGGGAUGGGGGCACUUUGCUCUUGUUUCUAAUUGAGAUUGAGGGAAGGUCAGAAAGAUUGAGAAAACCAAGCAAAAAACGAAAUGGCUCUCUUCUGUGGAAUUUAAAACAAAUGUAAUUGUGAAGGAUGUGUCAGUUGUGUUAUCCUUUGGUUUUGUGGUUUUCAAAGCUUAAGCAUUUGCAGAAAAUGGGCAGCACUUCCCAAUAAAGCUACACAACAAAGGCAGCACAAACAAUAGCUUGCAUCCUAAUCCCCACCAUUUCCUUUUCUUUCUGUGAAAUGGUGUGUUGUUUUUCUGGUUUUCUAUCAGCCUUUGAGGUUCAAAUGUAAUCCAUAGUCCCACUUUCCUAAGUUUGACCAAUAGCAGCUACUGGACUUGAUCUGGAAAUGGGUUCCAGCUUUCCUUUCUCAUUAACCUAAAUAUGGGUGCCUACAAGAGCCACCUUUUCUAAACCCAACCAAGGCUAUUUAUCCUGUCUCUAGCAUUGACAAGUCAGGUGCCCCUGCCAAGCCUUUUAACUAUCCCUCUUGUUUAUCACCAGGAUGAUAGUAUAACAUAUAUUGCCUUUUAAAGUGGAGGUGUCAGUCUUAGAGUCAUGAUUUAAUUGCCAUUAGCCUAUACUCUAUGAAUUUAUCAAAUCCUUUGUGAAAGUUUCUAGAGUCAGUUUGUUUGAAGGAUCUGGUUCUCACAAUCAUAUCCUUACUUCAUAAACUAGGAUAUGCAUGAGGAUGUGUGUGUGUGUGUGUGUGUGUGUGUUGAUGCACAUAGCUCCCAAUGGUGUCUUGAGAGAAUACAACAUUCAGAGAGCAAAACACAAAAAUAUUCUGUUCUUUCUUUUCCUCUCCUCCCCCAUCAAAUCAAGUCAGCUGACUCUUACAUUUUACUUUUUGUCAUAAACAUUUUUACAGGACACUUUCCCUUCUCCACAUCCUCCCCCACCAUUGUUCCCUCUGCUUGCUGCUCAAAUGCCAAAGUCAUCCUGGAAAAGUUAGUAGAAUUGGGAGAGAAAAGAGGGAAAGAGACACUUCCCACUUCCUUCCUCACCCCUAUGUACGUUUCAAGGCUGAGAUAGCUCGCUUCCCACUUUCGAAAAGGGCGCAGUUGUAGAAUACAGAGCCUUUGAAGACGCUGCCACAUUGGGGACGGAGUAGCCUUUGAGUGAACACAUAGUUGCCUAACUCAAGAACUACCCACUUGGCCUGGCAUAGUCUCUGCAAGGCCUCAAUCAUUUCACUGAAACACCAUGGAUUGAGCCUGGGACCAUUUGCAUGCAAAGCACAACCUCCACCACUAAGUUUUCGUCUUUCCGCUUUUGCUUUUCACGUUCACACUUAAUGUUUUUAGGUGGAAAUGCAGUACAUUUUGUCUACAUCCCAAAAAAACCCCAAGUGUGUGAGGACGCCUGGAUUGUGAGCCACGUUUGGAAUUUGGAAAGCCUUUUUUCCCUUUCCUGUUGCACUAUUUCCACGUCCCAGAGGAGCCAUGAGAGGGCAUCCUGUUGUUUCCUUUUCUGCUUACAGAUGAAGUGGGAGGGGAUAUUCACACUGCAGAAGUCGGCUGUAGAGCGUCCAGCUGCAGUAUAGCAGCAGAUGACCUUUCUCGUGCAACAGUUCUAUAAUAAGGCCUGGGCUGCAAGCAUCCUUGGAAUGGUGCUUUCUCUAGGAAUGAUAAUUAACGUUCACGGAUGGUGAAGUCACUCCAAGGAGAGUUCAGUGAGUCCUCUUGUCAUCAGUUUGUGCAUCCCUCCCACUCCCGUCAUAACUUGGUGUAAAAAGUUGCAGGAUCCAGAAAAAAGAAAAAAUCAACAAUGUUGUUAAAAACUUUCUAGGCUGAGUCUUUUUGUACUUAAAGGGCUGUGCUGAGAAGGCUGAAAAGGGGGACCAACUCCAGUAGUAUACCUCACUUCAGCGACUAAUGUAUGGUUUCUGAUCCACUUCUUCCCCUUUCUGUUCCCAGUUUCAUAAAGAACUCAACCUCAUAAGUUCAACAGCUCCUAUAAAGGGUCCCAAGUGGAAAUCAUGUAGAUGCAGGGACUGGGGAUGGUGGAAGGACAUAGACCUAGGGUCAGUGCACACAACCUUCCCAAGGGGAUAAGACAUGUAUAUGAACAUAGAAAUUUGCCUUGUAGUGAAUCUCACCAUGGUCUGUCUAGUUCAGUAUUGCCUACACUGACUGACAAUAGCGCUUCAGUGUUGCAAUCUGGUUUAUAUCCUAUGCCCUUUUAAAAUGUGUUGGGGGGGCUAUUUUGUAGUUAUUGUUGUUUUUAUUAUGUAUUUUGUGGUUUUAUAUCUUGUUUCUAUUCUGUGAACCACCCUGAGACCCCCAGGUAUAGAGCAGUAUAUAAAUUCAAUAAAUCAUCAUCAAUGCUACAUGGGGAUUCCCAGGACUGAACCUGGCAUUUACUUCCUGGAAACAUCUGCUAUACCACUGAACAACACUUUCUGCCAGUUUCUUGCAUCUUUCUAUCUGUAAAACCAAGCAGCAUUAACAUUUAGUUCUAAGAUUUUUAUUAUUCAGAUUUCUUUAUACUCACCAUCCAGAAAAUGGUGUAUUGUUUGAAGAGGAGAAGUAAAAAUGUGAUAAUUGUAAAUUCUAGGCAUUUGGAUCAUUUCCCUACAAAAGAAUUGAUAUUAUCAAGAUUUAAUAGUUUCAUCGGGGUAUCUUCCAAACAUUUUAAAUAAAACCACCUUUUUC